AUGAAAAGGGUAGGGCUUUAUAAAUGUAAACCUAAUACAAUUCGUUUUUUGUUGAACCACCUACUCAACAAAACGCCCCUACUAUCUUUUUCUUAUCCUCUUCAUACAUUUUUACAUUCCACGCAUAACGCCGUCGGAUGAUGCGUUAUGGUAUGCUAUUAACGGCCCAUCUAUUUCUGAUACUAACCAGAUCGCCUCUUUAUGAACGUGGUCGAGGGUCACUGAUUUGGACGCGCAGUAUGCACUGAAAUGCAGGCAACAUUGUUGAGCGUCUGCGAUAUGCAUUCCAGCGGAAAAGACUACUAUGAUGGUGUUUCUGCUGUGGGGAGCGGAGAAAUUGGUCAUAAAUGAAUGCAUUUAUUCUACUGUAUGGUCAUUCACCCAAGCAUCUUUUCGACUAAAUACGUAAAUUUCACCCUUAAAAACAUAACUACCCAAGCAGCUUGUACUUUUUAAUUUAGUUUUGCUAAUUUUAGAAAUACAAUUUGACUUCCCUUGAAAGAGGCGCAAACCGUUCAGCUCAUAUACGAAUUUUACGAGACGUGGCAUCUCCCUCUGGUUCCAUACUCGAAGGUGGUGGGUGUUUCAAUUUUAGAGCGCAUGCAGUUAUAUAGAAUUUUUAAAGGUUGACGCGAUGAGUUGUGUAGCCUUCUAUUGCUGGAUUCUUAUGUCAGGUGAUUGACAUCCUUCGGAAUAUUUUAGACCAGGGAGGUCUCUUUGUAAAGAAAGUUGGGGAUAAGCAAUUAUUUCAUAAAAUAGAAGCGAAAUGUAAUACAAAACGUAGAAAAGGGCGAAGCACAAGUUAUCUCGAAGUACACAGGUCCCGGUAAAUUGGUAAGACCGAACUAUUCUCACUCUUCGUGCACAAAAUCCAUGAUAACAUUGAGGUUUAUACAAAAUGGGUGCAAGAUUUGAAUUUGCAAAACAACUUCUCUGGUAUAUGAAGAUUCGUGAAGCUUUCCCUACAAAGGCAAUUUAUGGCUUAUCUGACGUCGUCGUUGAUCGGUAGCCGAUCAGUAGACGGCGCGUCCCCUUUUGCAACCUGAGUCAGUUGGCCAUCGAGGAACGCUCCUGCCUCAACUCAAGGUUACGCCAUGUCGACUCAGAUCGGGAAUAUUCUGCAUCAGAGGAAUGACCGCGGAUCUACCUCCAUUUUAGAUCGUUGCUUAUUAGUAAGCAUGCGACAGCCUCAGUGGUAUGCAAACUAUCAGCUAGAAAGCAACUCGAAAGUGUGCUAAAUAUCGUCCUGCAGUCAGGGUGUCCCCAUGCACGCUACUCUCAUGUAACCAAUUAUGAUUGAGGUUAUACAGGCCUCGAACACUUGGGGGAAAUUGCAAGCUACCCAGUGACUGCUUUUAUUUCGGACGUGAUUGGCUAAUAACUGCCGGUAAACUUCUCAAUCAGCGACGAGCAUGUUAGAGCUCUUAAAUUUGCCUAUUUCAUGAGAGCCGGCCGCGCAUUCUUACCAAGGCAAUAUAUUCCACUUGAACGCACACUGGAAAUGCUUACCUCGCUUUUCCGAGCUGCCUUGUUUAUCAUAGAAUGUAGUACGGAGUCAGACAGUUUAAAAUUUGAUUUCUCGAUCAGUAGAUUCAACCGCGCAUGGCCAGAGGAGCAAUUGAUGUGGGAACAGAACUGACCCCACAUGUGGCCGGAAAACAAAGGACGAUGAUCAUGACAAAACUGAAGCAAGUGAUGAGUAGGGAGAACGGCUGUCAAUCCGCGACUAUCUGCGCUACAUACAUAACAAGGCGCGCAAAUGGAGUCUAGUAGUAAGACAUCGUCGGGCCUUGACGAGAAAAGUCACCUUGCGAGGCUACACCCGAAAUAAACCUACGUCACAGAACGUCAUUGCCUAUUUUGACAUGGCACCUGGGAACGGUCUUUUCACUACGCGAGUCCGGCGUGUUAUACAGCUUUCGCCAUGAAAAACGAAACCCUUUGAUGGAUCCAAUGUGCAUACUCCAAAGCAGCCAAAUUAUCCUGCUUAUCUAAUGUUAAAGAUCAGUUGGUUUCUGAACUCAUAUGCUAUAACACGGCUAGUAGAAAGUAGUGAACACGGACAAAAAUUGUGGUUUUCGGCCUCAUAUCUGAUUCUCAAGAGUUGAGACGCUGGCUGGCGUGAUGAUUGCUCGGCCAUCUGGCUCACCGGCUUGCGCGCUCCCCGAGUGGUCAAUUACUUUGGCCAGCCUAUGCCUCUAUACGGAAUAUGAAGUGGGGAUGUCGUUACACUUGUUGAUCGACCGAGGUCUCGUGAACCAUGACUCAAGCAACUCGCGGCUCACGCGAUUAUCCCCUCUCACGAUAAUUUUGGCCUCAUCCAACACGGGUGAUAAUAUUUCGGCAAUUAAUAACUUGCAUGCCGGCCAUCAAGCAAUUAGCACACCAGCGGGCAACAAUCCUUGAUGAAAGGGAGCGUAGUUAAUUGCUAUAGGUAUGCGGUAGCAUAGCGACUGCAUCCUAUAAAUACUGCAACUUCCUGUGCACGAGUCACCCAUUUCUGCCACUGUCUCUGAUGAUGGAUUCAAGUGAGAAUCCGAGACGUCAGGCGAAUAAAGCCCUUGUUCCAGCGAUCGCUUCUUCUUCUUCUUCUUCUUCUUCUUCUGAUUAACUAGCUCCUGGAACUCGGAUCUCCGCUUGUAUCGGCAAUACGUUAAUAUCCCCAAAGUCAUUCUUUUUGAAUAGAACUAUCACAUUUGGAAUUUCGAUAUCUUCAUAUUUGCGAGAAAUCAGCAAAGUAUCUUUUCUCUUUGUAGCUUAACUUUAGUAACGGCCUGUGAUUUCUUAAAAACAUUAUUCACCACGGUGCUGGCUUCCCUAUUAUUUAUGAAUCUCCGCCUGCAAGAAUUUGUUUUUUCGCCAACAUGGUCUACCCUUUCCAUUUAUACCUCCAGAUGCAUGCAUCGCUCGGCGCCAUUGGUCGAAGGCCUACGGUAGAAAGAGAGGACUCGGCUUCGCUGUCCGAUUCCUUUGAGACACAGAAACAGGCGACCAAUGAAGAGGAUUAUAAGGAUUCAGUGGUGGGGUCGAACUAUGCAACCGAGCCUCUUCACUGGCUCUCCAUAGGGGAGCUAGUUGAGUGUCUGAAGGCAGUGGCGAAAAUCUGUGGAACAUCCCGCUGUCCAAGCACUGUAACAAAAGGACCAAAGGACCCGAGUUCGGUAGGUGGUACAAUUUACGUGCAUGCUAAGAGACUACCUCUUGCCCGCAUAAAUAUAAACAGCCUAUCCAUGUUGUGGCAGUGAACAGAUUAUACUCGUAAAGAAGUGGAAUUCUGCCGAAUCAUUAGUAGUCUACACCAGUAAUUGCCUUUAAACUUCAAUUUCAACUUCGUCACACUGAUUCGAAGAUCCCAUCAGUGAUUCAUUAAACACUCGAAAUACGACCUUCUUUGCAGCUGCGCAUAUCUUUCUGAGCAACUGUACAAACGAUUAAUCAUCCUCUAUAUCCUCUCGUAGCGAUGCCGGGGUUUCUGACAACUGACCCUCACAAGUGACGCUACUAUAUCUAUCUACGCGUGGGUUUUUUUUGCGCGUCCACGGCAUGAGCCAACUUGUUGCCUUAAAUGCUUGUCCUUAUAGUCUAAGGACGUAGAUGAUCGUUACUUUUCCUCUUAUUACUUACAUAAUGUCUUGUCUGGCACACAAACUUGGUUUCGGCUGACGCGAUUACUUUUCUACUUUACCAAUAACCGCAGAUACCACUUAUGGAAACUUUUGGGCUUCACGUUCAUCUCACAAUAAGUGGACUCGACUAAUUCUUAUAACUGAAAUUGAAAGAUGAGUUCCACUACACCUCGAUGCUGCUUUUCAAGUCUACCCGGCUGGCAGUUCGUUCUUGAUUUGCUUCACUAUGUUAGCCAUUAUUCAGGGUAGAGUGUCUAAGCCGGAAAAAUUUAAAGUAAAUGCGUGUCAUUACGCAAAAUAUGAUUAGAUCUCUGUAUGUGGGCCUAUUGAAGAGUGAUUUUAAUAACCGAAUACUGCAAUUCAAGUCGUUAGAAAGGAGUACAAAAAAUCCCAAGCACAAACAAUAAGGUUUAAAAAGGUGGGUUUUUGUUUACUUAAAUGAAAUCGUUCAGCUUUGUCCGUCGUGCAAAGUUCAUGUUUCUCUUCAUAUUUUUAGAAUUCCGGUUAGUCACAAGCGCUUCAGGAAAGGGAUUAAGAAGACGUGGCGAUUAAACAAACAUAGACAGAGUUUUCUUUCACUUAGUGAGAUAUUCUCGAGGUCAUUUGAUAAAAAUGAUCAUGUUUGCGACGCCCACUUGCGACAGUUAUCACCGGUUUUAAUAGAUUGUGAAUAAUUCAUAUUGGUCCAACUGUGAAAAAGUUAGCCCCUCGGUGGGAUUCGAACCCACAAUAACAAGGGGAAGGCUUUAGUGCAGCCAACGCUCUAGCCACAUGAGCUACAAGGCCCUACCAGCAGACAUGAGUUUAAUCAAAUUUGGGCCAAGUUACCCGCCCAGGUGGAUUUCAGACGUUGCGGUAGGUUGGGCGAGUAACGUGACCCAGGUGUGAUUAAAGUCCUGUCUCCCGGUGGAGCCUCGUAGCUCAGGUGGCUAGGGUGUUGGCUGUACCAAAGCCUUCCUCUUACUAUCUUGGGUUCGAAUCCCACCGAGGCGCUGAAUUUUUCACAGUUUUCACAAAUUUUACCGACUCCAUUGUCUACGUUAUAGCAAACGUCUGCGGCGCGUAUUUUGCCAUUGUACUGUAACCUCAGCGCGUUCGUUAGCCAUUUGGCUUUCUAGUCCCCAAAACCGAAAACGUCAACCGCAAAUACUUUCCAUCACUUACUUGACCACAUUUGUUCAUGCUCGAAAAGUUGAACACAGCGACCAUACCGCCAAUUAAGGCUGGAGUUUGGAGGGCUUCUGUCACGGACGAGGUCUUUCUCGGGUAGGCAGAGUGCGUUACCGAAAUAUCCGAGGCGUCUAUCCUUCAUGGUGUUGCAACUGGAGGUGUCUUUGGCCAGUGACAAAUUUUCACGGUGAAGUCACUGGCUGUCAGUCAAAGCCAUGAUAUUCUCAAAAUCCACCCAUGGUGAACGGCUCUGACAUUUUUUUAGCCAGCAUACACAAGGGUCGCAGAUGCAGGGCGUAGGGCAGGGCGACUGUAACCGUAGCCUCAUCCAGUUGAGUCUUCUUUCUGACCAGUCUCGUAACAAGACCAGACGCCCACAGAGGCAUCAGAUCAUGCCGUGCACAAGUUUUAUGCUGCCAUUUCUAUCUGGUAGACACUGAAGAACCAGGAGCAUUAGGGAACCGAGCCUUUGAAGUAAUCGCCCUCCCAUUCGAAACAAUUUUACGAAACGAGUUAUUUCAACGGCUUAGGACAGUUUUAAAUCCCGAAAGAUCCUAUCACCCGAGAACGUGCACAAAAUGCAAUCAUGUAACGGCAUGGAGCCAUGGCCGAAAACUAAAGUGCACUUCUUUGCAGUGGAAUCUGAACUCGUAGUUAGCGGGAAGCAGAUCAAUACGCUGGCUUUUUGAGUUGUCUUUUAGUUUUCGUACAUUUCGGUUCUACAAAGUGCAGCUCGUAGACUUCUUUCAGGCUGUGGCCAGGGAUUGGGGACAAUUGGUGGGUACUCUGCAAAUUUGCACUGGCAUCUGAUCGAGCCAAGUGGUGCAAAUUCUGUGAACUUGGAGGUCUUGUAUACGCAUUGAGUGGAUGUCGCCCGCCUCGGUUCUACGGGACAUAACUCUGGUGACUGCUGUAGGAGGUCAGUACUCUCGAUUCCGGCUAUUUAUGAAAAAAUCCGGUUAAGUCAAAAAUUUUCCGACGAAAUCCUACAUUGCAUUAAGUUUUACUUAUGAUUGUGUAAUGAGACUGCCCUGUUUCCCGUCGUCAACCAUUUAUUUGCAAACUGAGCGCAUUUACAGUUUUUGCAAUUAUGGCUCUUAGCACAAUUUCAAACAGGCUCUGGCCUUUAAUACAAAUUGUCGGGUGUUUCUGCUUUAUGCCCAUUAUGUGUUCUUUUCGCCCAACGUGCGUUACAGUGGUUUUCUGGAACACUUCGAAUGGCAACAUAAAGGUCAACCCUUAAUGGCAUGAAUACUAUGCGCUUGGUCGACCGAAAGUGAGAAGCAGCGACUAGAUUGUUUACUGACGCACUGCACAAACCGAAUGAUUCGCCGACUGUCCACUCUACCCGACUUUUGUUCAAGCAUUUGGAAUACAUUAGGAACUUAUUUUUCCCAACUGGUUUACUAAGGGAGGCCUCGUGGAGAGUGUCUUGAAAUUCAUUGAUGAGCUGAAGCCGUUAUAUUUUUAUCAUAGGGUUAGAACUGCACUGCGAAAUACAUGUACGUCCUCCUGAAUUCUAAGGCAAAGAGAUUUGGCGCUUGCAAAUUGCCGACUCACUUGCCGUUGUAUGCCGGCAAAAGUCGGGAGAUAUGAAAUCUGUUGGCUAGGAUUUAAAUUUUAGGAACUUCCGGUCUUUAAGUUGUGGCACGGCAGGCCAUAAACGAACAUCCCGGCUGCCGUCUUUUAUCCAUGACUCUCUCGCGAUCAAUGUUCACUCGUCGCUACUGUUCAGUUCUCCAGUCAGAUGUGAGCUGCCAGUGAGAAUUCCAAAUAACCGCUCAUACUGUCAACCAUAGCUAACUUUAUAAGCAAUUGCAGAUUUGGUAAUAAUGUUUUUUGAUUUUACGAACCUUGCCUUUCAGAUUGGAGGGAUUUUACCCCAGUGACACUAUUUCCUUUUCCUAAUCGAUGCGAAUUUUUCUGAAUUUUGUAAUGUACUGUGUUAAAAGUCAAUUAUUUACCAUUCACCCUGCAUGUUUGAACUUUACGCUUUGUUUUUUUUUAAAUUCUCGGACUAAAGAAAACCAUUCUAUCUAAAUGAAGUUUGUAUUGUAUGGCCGUUCUUUGCUUAUUGUGGACAUUUACUUUAUUUUUUCCUUUUUGCACAAGGGACUGGACUUCAUAUCUGUAAUCGUGUUCGGAUUGCUAAGCCUUCCUUUAAUAGUUUGCAGACAUUAAACUUGACGAAGCCCGAUAAACCCGGACGUGCAACAGAAAGUGAACCAGCCCGUUUACUAACACUAUUAUCAUCGGAAAAUGUGGAAACAUAGUAUAUACGAUUACUAAACAUAAGGACUAGGAAGCGUUUUGCAAAAUCACUCUAAAAAAGCCUUUUUAAAUGGCAAUGUGCGCAGGGGCAUAGAAAAGUUGCUGUUUAGACAAUGAACACGCUGCACAUGCUUUGGUUCUGAUUGUAUUUAUGUAUGUAUCCACUAUGAAUUCCUGCUUCUCCAUAACUCCACAGUUUUUGACGCCUGGAUCUACGAAUGGGAGAACUGUCGUAAAUGUGCUAACUCAUUAAAUAAUAGCGGAAAUUCUAAAAUGCGUUUUCGACUCGAAAAGAUUAGUUAAACAAGGUUGUAAUAUAAAUUAUCGUGUGGCAUAAUCCUAGGAUAUUUUAGUUACUUCGGGAUGCCGACUUUUGGAUGAACUUCUUUCCGGCCACCUGCAAAAACAGCACUCUGCAAAAAACGACUGCAUGAUUAGUAUAAAUUUUUCUCAUUGAUUUUAGAUGUCCUUAUGAAUUCAAACAUAUUUCAGAAAACAUGCAAAAAACACUCAUUUUACUUGCUUGGUAGAAAAUUAUGUCCUCGUUAAAUUUUAUAUUUAAGGGAUGGGUAUAAUUCUGCUUUAAAGGCUUUUCCAAUUUCCGAAUAAUUUUGAACCUUAUCUGCUGUUAAACGUGCAUUCAGGGUUUCCAAACUGCAAGCUGUAUAUUUUCCGUGCACGGGAAAUCAUACAUUUCCGCACGUUAUUAAGAGGAAACCAAAUGGGGUUCAUAAAAUUUAGCAGUGGAUUUGAGCCAUAUUGUAAACUUCGCAAGCAACACCAGUAAAUACAGAGACACGAUGCUUUAUGAACGGGCAUUUCACGGUCUUAAAAUUCUCAUAAUUAGAAAGAUUUUUAAGACCGAAUUAUGACCUUCCGUCAAAUAUGAAGCUUACUGAGGACGUAAUUUUCUGCCCAGCGAACAAAGUGGGUGUUUUGAGCAUGUUUUCUGAAAUAUGAUUGAGCUUAUAAGGCUAUCGGAAAUCAAUGAGAAAAAUUUCACUACUCAUAUGGUCAUUUUUUACAGAGUGCAAUUUUUGCAGGCGGCCGGAAAGAAGUUCAUACAAAAGUCGGCAUCCCGAAGUAACUGAAAUAUCUUAGGAAUAUGCUACACGAUAAUUAGUAUUACAACCCUACUUAACUAAUCUUUUCGAGUCGAAAACGCAUUUCAGAAUUUCGGUUAAUAUUUCAUGAGUUAGCACACCUACUGCAGUUGAGACCCCGUUUUUAUUCAAAUGGUCUGACUUCGUGAUGAAUGCAGUCCUAUAAUUAUAUAAAAAUACGUUGAAGUUAGUUCAUAGUUUUCUAAAUACGAAUAAUGCCUUGAAACAUGCUUGGUGUCGAAAAUUUCGAAAAGUCUGAUGAUCCAACUAGAUGAUGAUCUCGAAUUUUCAGCUCUGUCAUGGUUGGUUCAAGGACCAGCUCAGCAAACGUCUCACCUUGCUUGCAAUUAUCUAGUUAGCUAGUCUUUCUAAAACUCCUGACUUAAAACAGAACUUUCUUAGAUCUGGGCCGACUCAGAAUUGAACGUCAAAGCAAUGUCUUUCUUUGGUGAUUUGGCGAAUUGUCGGUCCCCUGGGAAAUUAGGAUGCACUUAUUUGACCGAAACAAUACUAGCAAAGCUGGCUGACAAAACCCCCUACUGCUUGCAAUAAGAUCCUGAGCUGCAAAUUUUCCUUGACGACGCUUGAUUUUUAUACCUUACCUCUAACAUGUCAAAGAGGAGAAACAGUACUUUACUUGCUCUUGCCAGGACCUAGUCUGCACUGGAAGAUAUGAAGAACUCUUUGUGGUCUCAGUUUACUUCCUCAAAACUUUUGUGCAUGCUUUUUCCACCUUUUCAAAUAGUUCUUUGUUAUUUAAAUAAUAUAAAUUUCAACCUUUUGUACUUUUAAAUUCGCCACAUCCUGAUUACACUGCAUGCUUACUUUAUGACUUAAAAUUUGCAGUGAAGAAAAUAAAAACCACGACUACUACGAAAUUCAGACAAAAACUGACGAACCACAGGUUUUGUGAGAUGUACUUUCCUAAAAGAUUGCAGCACAUAGUGUACUCGUUUAACGUCAGUGGGUUAACUGAGGAAAUUGGUGGCCGCUGGUUAUCGCUACCGCUUGCAUGUCUCUGGACAGGCUGAACCCCGAAGCCCGUCCUAUGCUACAACAUUAUGACUCUUAGCUUUUUCUUCUCAUGAGACAUACAAAUCCGGCUGAUAUUCUGAAGAAUCCAUUUAAAAAAGGGGUGUGGCAAUAGAAAUUAAUGUGUUAAAAUCGCAGAACAGGUGGGAGAUGGAAGUCCAGACGCGCGUUUCUUUGAUUUUGCGCGACUACAUGGCGCAGCUGCGAGAGUUAUGCCUUAUCCAUGGGUCCGCUUGCGUCCCCUCAGGGCUUGCUGGCAUGCACUUAAGUUUGCACUGUUGAGCCGUUUCAGCUUCCCUGCAAAUUUAUAUGUACACUCGGAGUUAAUUCCUCGGCGGGGACCUUCUCAGAUUCGAAUGAUGGUUAAUGAGAAUAGUUGAACAGAGAUCCAUCAGCUUCAGCGGAAUAACCGCGCGUUAUUCUCACUCGGUUGACAGGCUCCUCAAUGCGUCAGCAAUUUUAAACUUCAUACAUCGUCAGAAGUUUCCUGACAGUGUUUUUGUGAUAUUUUUCGACUUCGGAAGAUUUUAUCAGCAAAAUUAUCUGCCUACCAGGCUAAUUUACAAGUGCAAUUAGAUGCAUCUUUUAGAAUUGGUAUUCGUUUCUGUCUUCAGGAAACUAUCAUAUGACAAACCGGAAAUCCUCUAGGUCAAAAUAUUAAUCGGCGACUCUUCUGAAAACGCGUUUGUUAAUCUAGUCUAGGCACUUUCUCCCCAUUUAACCAGAAAAAACUUCUCCCUCUUUUUGUAGAGCCAGUCGACUACCUUCGUAUCCACGCUUUAAAUUCCGAUUUAAACUAAAGAGAACGUUUUGCAUUGAAAUGUUACAAAGCUUCAACUGGCCACUCGAUAUUUUCCAAACAGACGUCAUUAAAUCGAUUGCACUCAUUGUCUUUUUGAAAAAUCAACACUAAGGGACCGAUUCGUGGACUUGUGCGAUAGUUCUUUGCUGCAUCAAGCCAGUCACCCAUGGCCUGUUGGCUAAAUGUCAGUAACUUUUCGCAGAUUCAAUUUUUGCGUUCCCAUAGAGUCCUUUAGAUUAUUAUUUCCCGAAAAGUGCGAUUAAGCACUGCUGGAUGCGUAUAGUGUCUUGAAAGGGCAUACAAAGGCAUCGCUUCUACAUUCUGUGGUUGUAUGGCGCAACAAAUUUUCUUCUUCGAGAAACUCUACUCGUUUGCUUCAAAUGACAGAUCUCAUGAUGCUUUUGUUGAAAAGAGACCAUUCAACAAUUAUGAAAAAUAUUUUUGGUUUAACGGCUGCAAUAAAUUUACGUAUUACCAGUUUGUCGUCCAUCGCCUGUAAGUAAUGACCAUCCCGAAUGCAUACACUAAGUCAAUAAAUUGCACUUUACGUUUCUGCAGCUUACUGGUGAAGAAUCUCCCCGAGCAGUACACAUUUAAUUCUCAGAAGUCAAAAAAGCAACUUAUCUCUACGUAUAAUGUAUAAUGACAGCAUAAUGUAGUGAUUUGCUAAAUGCGCCUUGAUGCUUGCGGGGCGCACAAGGAUCUCUCAUACUUCGUUUUUCCCCAUAACACACUCUCGAAUUGCCUUUCUGGUUACCAAUUCGUCCACUUCACGCCCAUGCUCGUUUUGCACAUGACUGGUGACUGUCAUGUUUAUUUCUAUGUUCCACUCACUUGUGCUCAUAGGGAGCACUGAGCUGACAAGUAGCUUGCGUAGCAUCACGGGGUCAGAAACAGCAACAUUUAUUUUAGCAUGAGGCGCAAACUUGAGAAGAGAGUGUCACAACGACUCUCAUGCUGGGGAUUGAUCGUGAUGGCGACAAGCGCCUUUUCAUCGCGGGUAUGUUUCAUAAAAAGCCGUACAGCGUGUGGAUAAGUUGGGAGUGGGCAAAGUCUGUCCGGACGUUUCCUCCUCCUCCUCCUCCUCCUCCUCCUCGAACUUUUGCGUGGAAGAGCCAUGGAAAUUCAUCUGCACUGGCUAUUAUGCGUGCGUGCGUACUUCGUUUAGCUGCUUGCCUUUUCUCUGUAUUAUUUGACGGCCUGCUCGAAAGCUCUUUCAAGAAUUACUACUGACCUAUUAGUUUUUACGCGCAUAUUAUUCAGCUAAACUAUUGCUGACUGUUUUAGAAUCCUUUGGACAGCAGCACGACUCAUAAGCAAUAUUCUUUUCCUGUUAAAUUUGUCUUUUAUUGUUGUUGCCUACGUUAUUUGACUGAGUAGACUUGCCUUGGUCAUUUUUCAUGUGAACAAAGGGUCAAUCCCUUUAGGCUGGAGGGUAAACUGAGAUAAAGCGAUAAGAUGUUCGCUUUCCCGUGUGAGGUCAAGGCAGCGAAUUGAAUUAGCGCUAUACGGUUAUUAUGUGAAAUCAGGCAGUGUUUGGAUAGUCUUUUCUGCACAUAAGCUAAAUGUUUUCAAGCAAAACACCAUUAUAUCCUCUAUUCGCUUGCUUAAGGGGCUAACAUUAAGUUACUACAUGAGACUCCUGGAAAAUUGCUUGUUUCAUGCCGUUCUCAACUUAUGUCCCCUAACUGUUAUGAUAAGAUGCUUGCCGAAAAACUUUGGAUUACCAAGGAAAAACGGCUUAAUGAUAUUACAGCAGGCAUAAUUCGAGAACAAUAUAUUUGCAGGUUUUGACGACCAAUUUAUUAAAAAGUGAAAUGCUCAUUUUACGAGAAGUCGAGUAACACGAGGUGAUUUCUAAUAAGAACCUUUUAUUGAGCAGAAUGAAAAGCUAACUAAACAAACUAGAAGCUCCAAAGUUAAGAUAUCGCGGACCACAUCGAACCGACAGUGAUUCAUUUCUGACGAGUGAUAACCCGAAAUUUACACCAACUUUCAUUUUUUAAUGGGAGCCCCACAAACAUAAAUAACAGUAUCUUUUUUACCAGUUUGUCUUCAAAAACUUUGCAAAGGGGUGCUGUGCGGCGUUGGAGAGUAAGCACCAGUUUGAAGCUGCAGUCCAUUCAGCAGAACCGAACCACAUUUUCGCUCUGAGACAUCGUGUGCUCUGUGUAUGCACUGAUUGGCCGAAAUUGUUUUCCCGUCAAGACUCAACUAGUCGGUGCAACGCACUCCUGGCUUAUCAGACUCUACAACUCCCUGCUGUUAAUGCGAUUUUCGGCGAGAUGGCCUCACAGCCAAACCACACGGACAAAAGUAGCAAUUUAGAUUCUGCGGCUGUUAUCGCGCUGGUUGGCAGCCACGACUGGGAGAGCUGGAUGGUCUUGCAGCAGGAACGCGGCUACUUUGCGCGAUUAACCGUAAAGCCAAGAUACGAAAAGCCUGACUACCAGUCACCCCGUCGGUUGGACAUAAGAGAAAAUUUUAGGAAGAUUGAUCAUAUUAACGAGAAAGGUAGUAUCAGUCUCUUUGCCUUUUGGUUUAUUCUACGUUAGGUAAAUAUACUAGCUUGUAAAUCCCAGGUUAGGUAAAACGUUUAUCAGAUGAGUAGUUGUUUCGGACAAGUUGCUCCUUUCAGACAUUCAUAAAACUCACAUUGUUUGAUACUUCUUAAAAUAAAAAACAAACAAAUUAAUCGGAAUCCUUAACAUAUGCUGUCUAUAAAGAAAGCAUUGGUGAGAGCGACUUAAAGAAUGCCUAAGUUGCGGUUUAAAAGCGAUAUGAAAAGGGGAGCUAGAGGAGCGUACAGAAGGUGAUGACUGUCUUGUUGGGUUAUAUUUAUAUUAGACGUCGUGGCAUGCAAUAUUUUCUCUGUUGGUUCCAAGUGACAGGUCUAUAUUCUGCCAGUGAUUUUUUCUUUGUUAUAUUCUUUCUCUCUCUCUCUCUCUCUCUCUCUCUCUCUCUCUCUCGAAUUACUGAUAUUCUUGACGGAAUUUCAGCCCAUUUUUUAAACUCCUGAUUGUUUCAAAGAAUUCAUUCGAUUAAUAUUUUUGAAGAGGAAUGCGCUUGCUAUGCAGUUUUAGAUGUUACUUAUUUUGUACCGGCUUGUGUUUUUUUGUCGAUGAAUGACAGUUGUUUCAUUGCUUUGCCUUGUUCUGUUAGAGCGUGGACGGCGGUUUGGUAGGAGCUUCGAGGAUUUCAGUUUGUCCCUCACAUGGCUUUCGCUGUCGAAGUCUCCGAACGUUCAUCCACUCGGCCAAGCGUGUCCUUUGGUGGCAUGCAAAAAACGUUCGCACCGAAACUGUCUUCUCUAAUUUUGUUGAGCUCUCCAAUACGGUUGACAAAGUCACCGAAGAGGAAUAUGAGAAAGUCUAUUACACGGAGGCUGCCGGUGGGCAUACACUCCAUGAGGAUAACAUUCUCACGAGCAUGUCCGGCCCGGUCCGAACGUUUUCAAUAGUUACAGGUGAAAAAACCAGAAUAAGCUGCGUUCGCAACAUCUGUGAAGGUCUAAGGCAAGGAAUUUCUCUGAUUUCACGAACUCAUGCUUUGUUACAAAAGGAACUUGGGUGUUGGGUGGAUCCAGACGCCUCUGCCAAAGACCCCUUCCAACAACAUGUUCAAUCCCUUCUGCUGAUGGCCGUCUUGAUGGCUGCCAGCCAUUUGGUAAACGCAGGCCUCUUUCUACUUACUCAGUCUGAACUUACGACAUAUACGCACAAUGAUCUCUGGGAGAUCACACGGGGAAUGGAGGAACUCAGUAUGCUUGACGAGAUAGUUCAGGAACAAAUGGAUACGCAGAGGCAGCAAGAAAUUCGUCAUCUUCUUUUUUGCCGUUCUAGUCGAGGCGAUGCAGUCCGCUGUGACAGCAGUGUACUUUACAGCUCUCUUUCAAGGGCUGGUCUGUUGGCCGACCCUGUUGACAAACUACGGCCGGCCUCUGUAGGUCAUAUUAUCUACCUCCUCGCCAAAUAUCGAUCUCAAGUACUUUCACGCUAUCUCUCCUACCUGAUUCUGCAGCCGCCGCGGCAUGGGCCUCCGGAGGAAAGUGUCUGCUCAAUUGUAGCCCGGGAAAGUGUACGAUGCGAAUAUGAGUUCUGUUCGAACUUUCUAGACGUAACUUCUCAGUCUACGGAGCUCCUACGGAAUUUGCGUCGGUUGCAGCAAGUUUCUACACCUUCAACCGUCGAAAAGGGCAGUCCUAAUGUGCGAAGUAUUCUUUGCACUCACUCGAAAAGUCGGAAGAAGUCCAUAUCGGAACCCCAGGAUGAGAUCUCUAAUGCUCCAUCUGGGCAGCAAAGUAUAUCUAAUGAAGCUAGUCAUAUCGCCACUGCUGUCAAACUCUCUCACCUUCGAGAACCGUCUGCGUCUGGCUCUCAUGCUGUGGCCGGUGGGAAGUGUGUGGCUUUUUCAAAAACAGAAUCAAUGGACAACUUCAUCUCCUCGUUUAUGCCAGUACCUCUAACAGCCAAUACGAAGGGCACCCAAGAGACCUCCAGAACACCAAUAUCACGACCAGCAUUCCAAACUGGUUCCCACAUGCAGCUUGACGACAAACCGACUGGAAUGACUGCUGGCAGAAGAAGGUUAAUUCAGUGGAGUGACUACUGUGAAGUAUCGUUACGGCAUCAGGUGGUAGGCCGCUAUCUUCAGUUGGUUUGGACGGGUGCUAGCAGUCAGUUUGACGCCAACUUCCAGAUCGUGUACCCCUCCGUAAAAUGCAGGUGGCCGACGGAAGAAGACUUCUCAAACUUGUCAUCUGGAAAACCCUGCGAACUAGCUUUGAGCUCACGGAAGGCGUGGCCACUACUCUCAACUAGCGGAAUUGUGGAGAUGUCGGGCAGCUUGAGAAGUCUCAAAGAUAUUGGUUGGUAAACCGUCUUUUUACGUGUGUCUAUGGCUCAUGUCAUAAGUCAAAUUUCUGCUUAUGACAGACUGUGAAAUGAGGAAGCAUACACAGCUAGAAGACAUUCUCCGUCAGAUGCCAAGAGGUUUUUCUUUUUUCCCGUGAUUUGCUAUAGAAAAAAAUGUCCUAGUUAUGAUACUACAUUAAGGUCUGAUGAAGUAAGUUGCAUAACGUAAUCGUGAAUACACUUCAUGCACUGGUCGUUCUUUUCUUAUUACGACCGGGCAAUUGCACUUAUUUUGAAUUGUCCUGUAAGCUUUCAGAAUACACCUACCAUGAGUGCUAGAGACAGUUCGUGCUAUUUUUGCCUCAUAGUAUGCGUUAAAGUUUUGUAAAAUUAUCCUCCUCCUCACAAGCUUAAGCGAUCAUUGAAACCAUGUUCCUGGGACAGACGGAACUGCUAACUACCAGUGAUGAUAAUUUUACUUCGACUUUCAAUGUUAUUUAAAAGUUAAAUUUUAAUAGACUGAGACCUCUUCUAAAGCGUGUCCUUAGAGACGUCAGUUUGUAGCGCUUCACGUAAGAGGCCGAACAUUACAAUUAAGUUGAACAGACAGUUGUGCACUGGCCUGUCCAUCUCGUCUGUUGACUCCUGCUCUGACUGUCUUUGUAAAAUUAAGGAAAGUCAAAUGAGUAUUAAUUAUUGCAGCUGACUGCAUGACUUGUAGCCCGCCACUAGCACUUAAUUGCUCUCUGAUGCCUUUUGAUGCCUUUGUGGCGUCCGUUCAUCCACUGAACGAAUCAAAUUCUGCAUUUGGUUGGUGUCUGCUUUUGUCGAAAAAAUACAUUUUGACAGUGCACGUAGCGGCGUUUAGAAGAUCAGUUUUUCUAGUCCUUUUUCCUUUACUUUGAUUAACUUGGAGAGAAUUUGACAGCCCAUUAUGUGUGUGCUCCAGCUGUGCCCUCAAUAAAUAGGCAUCUUUCGGAUUUUGCCUUAUGAACGAGCCGACUAUCAACUUUUAAUCAGGGCACCUGUUUUUAUGCCUUUUCACCGGCAGCAUUAUACCAAAGGCGGGCUUUGAAAGGUACACAUCUCGCGUUACCGUAAUCAUCAAAACAGAUAAAUAGCAGUGCUGCAGAUGACUUUGAAAACUAAGAGUUUUUUUGAAAUAUUAAAUGUGUUUUAGAGUUGUUGGCAAAUAUAAGGGGACCUAAAAUUAGCCGAGUCUCUAUAAAAAGUAAAAAAAACUUUUAGGUUUCAUUUUUAUUCAAUUAAUCGUAUGCCUUUCAUUACUCGUGUAUUUUUGGGCAUUUUGGAGUAAUUGCAAAUAUUCUUUUCGUUGGAGUAAGCCAGAUUUAGCAAAAAGAGUAGAUAAGGUCCGCAUUUGACUUCAAUAUAUUAUAGCUCUGGAAUUGAAGAUGCACAAAAGAUUUGAACAAAUACUAACCUUAACACAACUUUGACUGCGACUGGUUGUUAAAGCAAAACUUGCUAGUAAAAAUAUCACAUCUUCUGCCUAAUCUGUCUAGCGGAAAAUAGUCUGGUUUGACCCGCUACAGAGUGAUACCUCUUCCUUUGACUUUUGUUUAUUGGAGCUCGGAUCGGAUGCUCAAAGCUGUGAUAACGCCUAUCCAUUGUAAUAUUCUGUCUUUACUCCAAUGCCUAAAACUCUAUAUAAUAGCGAAUCGUCCUCACUGUAAUUUUCCAUAUCAAUACUGACAUUUGUAGAUGCUUAUCGAAUGUCGACGCGCCUUAUGAAUAUUAUUACUGUCUGUCGUUUGGCCGUCACGCGAACAAAAUUUGCAAGAGCGAUUCUGUAGAAUAUUGACCAUUAAUUGUAUAUGAGGGAGCAUUCAGUGUCUGAAAAUACUUUUGUAAUAUUUGCUUUAUUUAGAAUGGUCUAGUUUGUUUCGAAAUGCGUUAUAUAAACUUGAUCAUUCAGUAUUCAAAACAACAGAGAAUCUCACAUAGGCAGAGUCUUAGUAUAGCAAAUCUACAAGAACGGAGAUAUUGUGCAUUUUUACGGUCAGUUUUCCUAAUAUGGGUUCGCAGAGCCUGUCAUGUUAGGCUUCGCUGCUUGUUGGGAAUACUAUUUAGAAAAAACUGUGACAAGCGACCCAGUCUCGCAUGCGAUGUGUAGUUUUCUAGUUCCGCAAGACGGGCAAGUUUUGGGUUUUCCGACCUCUUCCGAUAGCAUUAACGCAAAUUCGGAUUAGCUGUUGGACAGUGUCAAAACAGAUUGCAAUUUUGUAGAGUUGUUUGACAGUAGGUUUAAGAGGCAAGGACGUCCUUUCUCCGAACUAUCCCUUUUGCAUGUUUUUUGAAAUGAACGUGGUAUAAAACAUCGGGUCUCCUCAGAAGAGUUAUGUCCUUGCUUUUUUCAUACUGGGCUUUGGUGAUAACAACAAAUCGAUAUUAUAAUGCUUCCUCCUGAAGUUAAAAUGUUGCACAAGACCAGCUCCGUUUAUUGGAUUUAUGGUCAAGACUUGUUUCCUUCUGUUUUUUCUAAAUUAUAAUAUUCGCUGCGGUGUCUGAAAAUUUUUAUUUAUAUAAGAAACAAUCCCUGUUAAUUCACUAAAUCGGACUAGCGGAUAACUACCUGCAAGUGACGGUUUCUCACAACAGAAAAGGCAGAAAGGAUCGGAACCGCUGUAUUUAUUUUUUCCGAAAACAAGAUACUCGCGUAUUGAAUCAAGGCUGUGGACUGACUCCCGAAUGCGGCACUUUUUGCUUCAGUCUCCUUGCGUUUUUAUACAUGCGGAAGAUGAGUACGCGAAUUUUAGGUUCAACAGAAACGUGUGUGAAGUCGUAAACAAGAACUUUGUCAAUAGUUCACCCGCCAAAGUAUCUGGAUUUUCGAUGUCUGAUAUUUAAUUACUCGCAGUUCUGGUUCUGUAAGACGAGCAGAAAUUUAAAUCCUUCGGCACAUUAACGCAAAUAAGGGCAACUAUUAGGCACCGUCAAAGCAUCACAUUUACGUCAUAAGUUUUGCUACGACGUAGACUGUUUGUUGCAUACUCUGUAUGUUUCGGAAAUUUUUUUGCAGAUUAUCAGACGGAUGUAUUUGAAACCUGUAUUUUUACGCACAAUGAAAUGUAACCUGAAUUUUCCUUUUCAAAUGUUAAGUCAAAUACAUACCCCACUCCUAACAUCCACAAAAUGACCUAGUUAGAUAUAACAUUUUUGCCUGAUUUUUAAUGCUUAUUUAUUAUUUGGCGAGGGAAUAUCAAUCCAACUUGAGUCUUCGUGAAGUCCCUUUCGUACUGUAUCAAAUGUUAUGUUGACGCUCAAGCUCUAACGCUCACGUGCACAGAUGCUGGUAGACCAUUCGUAAAAAGGGCUGUUUCAUGUGAAAUACUUCAUAUUCGGCACUUGUCUCCCAUAACAGAUUUGUAUACAAAUUAUGCGCUGCGGUAAACAGUAUUCUUUUUUGCAAAAAUGACAAGUUGCACACGGACUGCAAUUUUAGAGAGUGGUUCACACUUGAGGGUAAAAUCUCCGACCCUCAUCGUUAAUUUGCUUUAUGGCCGAACUGCCGAUUGGAAAGUGCAGUAAAUGCUAGUGACCAAUAUAUACGUAUAUAAUUUUCAAGUGCGGUUUUGAACGGGAGUCUUUGGGAUAACUAGAAACGGACAUGAUUAUUUAUCCGUUUGCAAGGGGCGAGCACAAGCAGCAUCUGCAGUGGCAUAUGCGAGUAGAUGCAAAUUCGAAAGCAAUCCUUCGUAAAAUAAAUGGUCGAACCAAAACCCAAACAGCAUACUAGUUUUGGAUACAAUUCGAAAGACGCUUAAUACAGUACGUAUCUUGGUAAAUCGUGAAUUUGUUUUAUCUUAUUUUCAUAUCAGUUGCUUGAGAUAUGUGUUUUUCCUAUUUGCAAGUAAAUUAAAAUAUAUUGCACUUUGUAUCUUCUGCCGAAAACAGAAAGUCCACGUGGCCGCCUAUGGCGGGCGCCAACGCCAAUAUUUCCCUAUUGUAGGGGACGAACUGGAAAUAACUUCGGAUAAGGCAGGAUACAGAUUGUGACAUGGUUGCGAGUGGCAUUAUUUCCUAGCUAGAGCGUUCAUGACAUAUUGUUUCACUACGCAGUAUAGUUAACUUCAUCUACUGGCUUAGCUGUUCUGGCCGCUCCGCGUGCUAUUCCAAUGAAAUUUUCCAUCCCACCGCAAGCACGGCUUCUGUGCGCAAACCAUUCCCAAUUACAGUAGCUAGCGACGCUAAGAAAUGUGAGCUGCUAAAUAACACUUUAGCAGUAAAUCCGUAUGUCCACAGCGCGAGUAAUGGGUGCAUUUCUCCAGUCCUGAGUCUACGUUUGGUAGCUGAAAAGUACGUCAUGAAAGACUUGUUGCCAAAAUUAGCGAUGUCUGCAUCAGAUAGAGUAGCAAUCUGCGUUCCGUUUUGAAGGUUACAAUCAGAAAUGUCUGACUUCUUAGGAGCCACUCCCUCUCUCUCUUUCCCCUUGUCCUCAAUUCCUUCUCUUCCCUGCAGUGGUUUCGCACUAGCUUACCAGACUUUAAAGUAAUUGGACAAUUGUUGCGCACUCUCUUCUCAGAGCCCCACUUGUAUUCAUACUGAUUGAUACUUUAUUCGCGCCUAAUACAUAACUAUGUGCUGUACAUUGUCUUUUAUAUAUGUUGGAGCAUAAAUCCCAGCGCGCACUUUUACUCGAUUUGCGCUGAAACACAGCCAAUAAGAACCAUGCACUAUCGAAAUAUGGUCAGCGCCAAAGCGCUAGGCCUUUUCAGCCCAAGUCUUGGUCAUUGUUGGUCACUGUUGAAAUUUCCUCUGCAAGUGGAUAAAAUGUUUUGACAAUUACAUGAACCCUGCCUUUUAAUCCAUGUCCCAAUGUGUGGCUUAGAUGUUAGGUGUUUCUAACAUAAGUUAAUUUAAUGCUGAAGCGAUCCUUCCUUUUAGUAUUGAAGACUUAAAUAUCAAUACAAUUAAAAGGCUAAAAUAUUGUGUAAGGUAUGGUCGCUCAGACAUCGUGUUUUUUUUAUUAAAAGACUCUCGGAAUCUGGGACAAAUAUUUAACGGUUCUGUCAUUUUAAGGAUCAUCCUCAUAAAACGUUCCUACAGUGAUUAUUUUGCUGAUAGAAGCGAACAGACGAGUUCCAGGAAGGACUUCAGAAGACGAAGAUGCGAAGAUUCAGUGAUCGCAUCUUCGUCUUCUGAAUGGUUAUUUGGAUAAAUGGAGGAAAGCACUUUUUGAGAUGCAAACGGAUUUAAACAUAAGACCUUACUACUUACUGCAGACGCAAUUUCGGGGACAAGCUAUUGUUAAGAAAUUCAUGCACUGAUUUCCAAAAUAUUAGUUAAGGAGCAAAAAGCAUGCCAAGUCUUUGCAGUACAUUCACAGCUUUGAGCAGUGUAAAAAGUUUAGAAAUUUCUUCCCCCCUCUUGUUAGGGUUUGUACAGCUGCUCGUGAUCUUCGUCUCACCUAAUAGAUGACAAUUCAAUUAUCUGCAAGCGGGGGGAUACCUAUAGUCCAGGUGUAGCUUUUGCAAUAACAGAAGGUUCGAACGACGUUUGAUGACUGAAAACGGCUCGUAGCUGUGCAAAUUAUCUUCCUUGACAUAUAUCGCACCCACUAUUUAUUCUUGUAUAGCACAUUGUGUUCUGUAUAAUUUUUAAUCCAGAAGGAAAUUACCGCACGGAAUUUAAUCUAUUUUUUUCACAAGCGUGGUUGUUAGCAAAAUGUGCUUUUCCGGCCAAUAGCGAAAUUCGGACAGCACUUUUAGUUAUCGAAAAUCUCUGACCAAUACAUGUAGUCCAUCGAGGUAUUUUCGAAGUCCUAAGUGUUUUGCCCACAUCAGUGGAUUGAAUGCGACUAGCGGAUAUCACAUUUUGACCCCAAACAGAGAUUUCUUACGAAACAAUUUUUGGUUUUUAGGUUAACGUUGUGUCAACCAAAGCUCCAGAAGUCAAUAUAGCAUAGACAGUCUUAAAUGCAAAAAAUGGAUAUUUUACUUCCUGCAUUCUGGUCCUUGUCAUGCUAUUGCCAAGCGGCUCUGCCGAGGAAUUGUUGAAACUAGCGACUUCGCAGCUGCAGGCCUUGGAGACAUAUAACCAUUCGCAAUUAUGUAUGGGGCUCAUGCAACUUUAUUACCGGGCAUUUAAAUAGUAGAACACUUGCAGCCCGCUAAUUACAACAAACUGGGACUAGGUAAGCCACUAAAGUAGACGAAAUGUGAUAGCGGAGGGACGCUCACCGUUCUCGCUACGAAACUCACUCGUCUCAUUGUGCUUUGGAGCCCCCACUCGAGUCCCGAAAGCAACCGCACAGCGGCGUGGUAUAUAGGCAGAAUAGUUUUACCGACAAAGACAAGGGGGAUUGGAAUGGCCAUUUUGACUUAUUAGCCGUCGUCAACCAGUCAUGCCCAACCCUAAAGUGUGGAACACCCGGGGCUCUAUCACGAGACUUAUUGGUUAGAAGUCCUUCUACCAUUGUAUAUAUCCGAUCGCAAACGACAGGAAAACCAACAGGUCGCGGGAUCGAUCCCAGGCGUUCCACACCUCGGGGUUCUGUAUGACCAUCUGGUUCCGGCUGAUAAGUCAGAAAUGACCACCCCAGUCUCCCCCAUCUUUGUUAGUAAUGCUUUUUUAAAAGAUAUGUCUGUCAGUCGGUUUAAAUACGAUUUUUUGUCUAAAAUGUGACACCUAUAGUUUUUCCCUUCGACCUUCGCUAAUUUUACCUAAUCAGUUGGCUUUUUUGUGCAGAAAAACUUCCCGGUAGCUUGAGGCGCGGUUUGCUGCGUCAGGCAGAUCUCCUUCAGUCGGCUGCCCACCUCCUUUCCUGGGAUACAUGUGAGCUUUCCGUUGCUAUACGUUGUUACUUUUUUUAAUAAAUAACUCGAUGCCUUUGCGCAAAAAAUCUGAGUACACAGCUGUGCGCAAAGCCUAAUUUCCUUUAUAACUGGGGCCGUUUUUCGCUCAAAUACCCAAAAACCUACCGAUUUUAAAAAUUAUGCACUUGAGGCUUAAGCAUUGAAGAAUAUUGCUAUUGCGAUAAGUCGUUCUUUAGCAUACGCCCAGGAUCAUUAAAAAACUAUAAGGAGAUGUGGAAUAAGAUCAGGCUACAACCUGUCGGAACAAGGACACUCAGCCUAAAGUCCCCUUCAGCAGACACACGGACGACGUGCCCAGUCGAAACCAUCAAUUUCUACUAUAAUCAUCAAGUUGGGACAAAAUUAGUCACUUGAAAACUCUAGAGUUGAGUACAUACGGUGCGGAAUCCAAUAAUUGAAAGAGAACCAGGCUGAGUGCCCGCAUCAGCGACCCCAAGAUAACAGCUGCCAGCACGUUGUCACCCCAAGAUAGUUGCAAUCUUACCAUCCGUAAACUAAAAUACCAUUAAGAUAGAUUGCAAUAUAAAAUGGGCCAUAGAUUAAAUGGAAGUACUGUAAACACGACGUCGAACAUCGAUCAGUUUUCAUAGACUGUAAUUCCGUUGGGCUGAUCAGAAGCCAGCUAGAUCUGGGACAUUGAUUUGUGUUUUCUACCGGACUGCCCAUUUAAAGUGAAAGAUAAUCAACCUGCGUCAGACACUAUUAUUGUGAUUUACUGCAAAAAAAAAACAGACAAGCCGGAUGCAAGGGCAUAUGUGACGCAAUUUAGGUACAUGAAUUGGAUCUGAAUACAUGAACGCGUGUCCUGAGCCAUUUCCAUAUACCAAAUUCUAUUUAAUCAGACUCCUGGGAACUGGACAAACCCAAAGUGGCCUAGUGCAGUCGGAGUUCAUGCCGCCAUUUUAAGAAGGCCAAACAGACCAUAUCAAUGCGUUGUUUCACUAUCAGGCCUCCAGUAUUCAAACUUAUUGGGCACCCUGUUCGUCAUAUUAUUUUUUAGUGUUGCCUUAACUUGCAGUGGUUGGACUGUGUCCGCCAUAAAGAUUCUUAAGUGCCAGUAAUAAUGUCUUGACUGCUCGGACCCACGGAAACUGUCGAAACUUAUGAAACAUUGGUGGAAAUAUUCACCGUUUAAACUAGACCACAAGGCCACUUAGAGAGGAAUACCUUCCAAAGUCAAUAAAUUGGCCUCUGGUCAAGCAGCUUCCCAGCGACUUCUGCAAUUUUCACUCGGACAUAAAUAAUUGUUUCACUUUGGAGGAAUUGCAUAAGUUCACAAAUAUAUCCCAGGCAAUAAGUAAAAAUCAAUUUCUUAUUCCCAUCUUGGAAGAAAGUCUGCCUUCUCGCAAUGUGACAUUUGGCAAAACGGCACAUUUUGGUCCUUAUUGUGGGACUUUUCGAGAGUGACACGACUUUUCGCAAAGUUUCCUAUCGGCAGACUUAUUAAUGCCGUAUUUAAAAUGCAGAACAUAAGUCAUAUAUACUUGUUUAUUUUAGGAGUAUUAGGAAGGAUCUUCGAAGAUGCAUAAUGUUGCCUGUGAUUGCGGUUUAAAUGAACUCCUAAUAUCUAACCAUAAGAACGGCCGAAAACCCACCCCGUCUUUGACUAGAUACAGUCGUCAGUAAACGGCUUAAGCCGAUAUGUGUACUCCUGCUACAAGUGUACAGUUUGAUCAACUAAGUGCAACAUCGCCGUUUUGCAAAUCUUCUAGAAAUUAUUAUUGAAAUCGGACAAACGACUGAAGUCAGAAAAAAGACCGGACACUGAUAUAGGUUUUUUAGUAGUUGGCACAGGGUGUUUGGACGAUGUUUAUCCAUAACAAGGUAUGCUAUUGGGUUUUAGUGAAUUUUUUUUAAUUAGGUCAAAUGGUAACUAGUUUUAGAAAUUUGCUUUUUUAAUCUUCCCUAUUCGAAUGGAUACUUAAAGAGUUCGGUCAGUUUUUCAUAGCAUUCCGCGCCUUAUGUAUGAUUUCUCAGUCAACGACACCUGCGCCAACACAGGCGCUGCUUGGUCCCUGAUAACUUUGUUGCCAAUAUUUCCCAUCGGUAUCCUAUUCCUCGCCGCCAUUGUUACUGUGGCGUGCUCUUCUCCUGAAGUUGAGCAUGCUUGUUGUAAGUGAGGAUGUAUUGUUCGCUAAACUUCAGGAAACCGAACAACCGAAAUUUUUAACUCCAAAGAAGACUGCUUAUUAAGGUGAAUUGUCGCAGUCGAGAAUCCUCACCCAGUUAACUUUGAGUGUGUGCUCUUCCCAUACCAGCCUGGGAAGCUGGAUGUGCACUUGCUGUGUUUCGGUUCUGCAACUCAGUCAAAGUUUUAGAUUCGGCGCGCUGACGUCACCGUUUUGAUCGAUAAUUCUAAUCCUGCCGAGGACUUCAGGUGUGUUCGACACUCUCAUAGUAUAAGAAUCCAGUCCACAGUGGGACUGGGCAGAAAAUUAAAUUCUGUCCUGCGACGAAAUUACAAUUUCACGAAUAACGGUGUUGAAAAACUUGUACCAGAGAACUUAUAUAAGAUUAUGAAACUACAUAAUCUACUGGGUGCCUAUUCCUGCUCUGGACAUGCAGGUCGACGAACGGUUAAUCUUUUAUGUAUGAGUUGCUGUCUUGUUUAAUUGCAAGAAAAUGAAAGGGUGAACUUGAAAUAAAUCUCCUAGAACGGAGCUCAAAGGUUUAUCUAUGAAUAUUCGAGCUGAAAUCCACUGGCUGCCGUGGGCUAUCCGCGUAAUAUUCACAAAUUGACAACACGCAGCCAUUAGUAUACAAAUACUAAGUGGUCUACCAUAUAUGACCUUGGAACAAACUAUAAAUUCGCAUGUCCACAUCUGCCUCUUCUAAGGAGUUUCAAGUCCUAACCAGUAUCGGGUGAUCCACGAGUUGACGCGGUUAUUGGAACAGCAGGGCAUUCACAAAUGCCGUCAAUGCUUUUAAAUAUAAGGAAUACUUAAGUGUCUAACAGAAUGGGGUAACAACUAAAAUAAAUUUGUAGGCGGCCGUAUAUUGCCGUGGAGUUAAACACAUUCUCGUCCGCCUCGGUAAGGUACGCGGAAAAAAUAACGCCAACUUAAGUAAUAUGUUUUUUAACUUGAUUUAUCUUGUGCACAUUAGUCCAAUCAUGUCUUAUAAAAUACGUGCACAAAUAAAUAAACGAAUAGAAGCAUUUUGGGUCAAAUUACACAAUUAUCAUUGUGGCGUUUCUAGUAAACUAUCGUUUCACUUUUCAACAAAGUUGCGUUUGCGAAGCUUUUGAACUUGUCGCAAUUGCUCAUUUUUAUCGACGAUGUUUACAAAGGAUAUAAUAUAAAAGCUGCUUACGGAAAUACUAUUUAGAGAGCAAGCUUUUGCGCUUUCGAGACGUGAGAAUGCAGAUGACAUUGUUCUUAAAUGUGUGUGUAACCCGCAAUAAGCAUGACAGCACUGUUUGCGUUUGAACAUCUACAGAGCAGAUCAAUUAUAUUAGCCCAGAAAGACGCCGUCAUUUCAAAGAGAAAUUAAAGGAGGAGUGUAUUUUAUAAAUAGAAGGAAAACGAUUUUGUAUCCUUUUUCAUAAAUGUGAAUUAACUAACAUAACUCAACGUCCUAUGGUAAAAAUGCCCUUGGGAGGCUUUUAUUUUCUCAGGGCGAUUUACACAGACCUUUAAAGAGAUGCUCCACCAAAAACCACCAUAAAGUCACGUAGGAACUAUCUUAUUUGUUAUUUUCCAUAUUAAUUAAUACUACAACUUCAUUUAAAAUCUUUUUACAUAAAAUGACAGUUAAGAAUGUGGGUGAAUUCCUUCCGGAGUUUCGGUAUAUAUCGUAAGUAACCUCCACAGAGGAAAUAAUUUUGGCCCGAGAGGCCCUACAAUUAUUUUCGCAGUCACAAUGAUUUUAUUUGAUAAACCCGAAAUAAUCAGCUUGGACUGUAUCCAAGAUGAACACAACAUAAGGUAUGGUCAUUUUUACGUAAAUUAAAACAGUUCGUUGUACUUGACGAUUAGAACUCCUACAGCAUACCGCACUGCUUAACUAUACACAAUGAUUACAUUCUUCCUUGCUGGUAAUUCUGUCUCGAAACGAUAGUAAUCACUCCCGCCAUCCAUGCUUAAUAAUCGACAUUCUUUUGUUCAUAACAUCGGUUAAAUUAGUUAGUCAUGCGUUUUAGUAGGAGACGAAUUUCAGUUAUUUUUUCAACUGGCAAACGUGACUGUCGCAGCUCAGAAAUAGAGUAGCUAACACGAAUUUGGGUGGUCAGUGACGAUAACUGACCUCUCAUAUAACAUUUUAUCUUCAUUGAAUUCUCUAUAUUUUUCCUUUUCUCCUUGUUUGACUUGGGAGCAUUAAUAUACGGGACUAUGCCAUCAUGAACGUCAUGUAGAAAGUGUCUUACUUCUUGGUUAGUUAAAUUGCUUGCUUUCAGAAUAGUAAAUGAAUAUUUCAUUCAACCUUAAUGACAGCCACUGUCCCAGCUUUAUGCUUUUAGUAGGCAUGUUUCAAAGGUGAACAAUAACUAUAUCGAAGUCGAAGAAUUUGACUGCUAAAAUGCUGUUCUAUUGAUCUAAACGCCUUUGACUAGGCAUGCGUGAGGAGUUCCAAUACUACCAUUAAGCAUUCGAAGUGUUCAGCAGGCAGGUAAAUAUGAACUUUUUAAAUCUCUAUUUCACAGAAAAUUUUACCAGGCAAUAUAAUUUGACGUCCUUACUUGGGUUGAAGGACAUAACUUUACAUGCAAUACCUACAGGAAGGCUUAAUUUGACGUUUACAUUUCUUCAGGGGUCAACAACCGCGAAAAAGUAGUCGCGACUUGUAACCGGUGUUCCCUUGAGUCUUCCGCAGAACAAAGAGAUUUUCGUACGUUUCUCGAAGACGAGGUAGUCUGCGCCUUGGAAAUCCUACGAAAGAACGCAUACUCAGCAUUCGAAGAAGUCAGGAACCAUUUGCCUCAAAAGUGUCGGAGUAGGAUGGGUGGGUUGAUUUUUUAAGGUUACGGCACUCAUUAUUUUUAAACGAUGUGCUCUCUUCCGCAAAUAUAAGGGCCCCUGUUUUUUGUCGGAACUGGCGACAGUUCUGCAUAACUCUUGUAUGCCUUCUUCUAUUUUGACCAUUUUCAUUACUUGGAAUUUAGUAGAGCAUGUCAUGAUAAGGCCAUUGUUCAUGUGAGUGUUGUGAUCUUUCAUAUCCCAAGCAAGGGAGACCGAUCUGUGCCAUUUCACAAAGAUACGGAAUGUUACAACUUUGGGACAGACUGUGUCCACAAUUUCGGAUUGAACGUGACAUUUUAUGCUUUCAUUCGGAACUCGAGGCCUAAGAGGAAAUGAAAUCAUCCUUGGGGUAAACGGUUCCAGAUGGUUAGAUUUUUCCAGCGGCUUCUAUAUUGAUAGCAACUUUCCGACAAUAUUUGCAUAAAGUUAGGUAUGUGUUUUUGUAAGACUUUCUACUCAUAGGUGGAGGUGAACCAGGGCCAGUAGUCGAUUGGUUCGAUAGUGUGUGCCACGUCGAUGAAAUUUCCCGUUGUGUCGCCGGGGAAGCUUCUAAGCGCAAAAUACAAUUGGAGAAAAAGCAAUGCACAGUAUUGCUUGGAGGGACGUUUUAAAGGGAAAUUUUUAAUCUCCGUCCUUAUCCACAUCAGUCCAAUUUCAGUCCCAGAAUAAUUAUGUCUUUUAGUUCUUCAAGAUAAAUUUCCCAAAUGUUUCCUUCUUGUUGAUCGAUAAGCCUCCCCACCACACACGAACACACUUUUCUGGUCGACCGACUUAAUGACGGUUUGUUUCAUUGAAUUUCGACUUUGCUCUCAUUGGUCACUCGUCCAAUUAGACAUUCUUCCUUAUGUAAACUGAUCCAUAACGUUCGGCCUUUUCGAAUACCAACACUUUCCAAAAUUUUUCAUCUAUCUUUGAAAACGAACCUGUAGUGAGAAUUCGAAAACAUAAUCGGUAACCUUUUAUAGUGGACGCUGAGUCAAGAUGCAGUUGGCAUGCACGACCAGGAUGUUCAUUCCACUAUGGUCUACGGUUAGGCCGUAAAUGACAAAAUAUAAUGGGGUGACGAAAUAAUAGAAUUUUCAUUUUCCUCGUUUCACAAGAAUAGACGCGUUUAUUUCUUUUGGAGUUUGUUUGCAAAAAUGCUCCUCUAAUUGCACACUUGUGAUGUUAUCCUUGAUUUUUUCCAGCACUUUUUUAGUUCUUUAUAAAUCCGAAAAUGCAACUUCCUCACUUGAUUCCUGCACAAUUCACUGCGUGAUGUCUCGUAUCUUGAGACGAUAUAGCGAGAGUUUGUUUUUGUGAUGGCCGUAUACUGCUAUUUUUACCUAUUGCCUUUAUUCUUUCCCUGUUAAAUUUUUAACGAAUGUAUCCGUUCAUUCUCAAUCUCUCCUCAAUGUCACAUCCGUCUGCAGGUUUGUCGGCCUCGAGUAAACAAAUGUUUCUUUCCGGAAUGCCCAUUGCUCAGAUGUUCGCUUCCGUGUUGUGAACACAAUUGGCCUUUAAAUACCCGUCCUUUUUAUGUAUAGUCCUGUCCAAUUGUGUGCCUUCUCUGGGAAAAACUAGCAGUUUCAUACUUAUCCCACCACAUAUUCACUGAGCGAUUUACAAAAGCAGUCUAAACAAAGAAUUAACCGACUGCUUUGAUCACUACUGUACGUUACUACGAGGGUGCAGUAUAAAGAUUCCGUUUGUCUUUUUACUCGAGUGCUCCGCUCUGUCAUAAAAGCGAGGCCUGGAAACUGGGAAGUUGCUUGCUUACAAGUUACAAGUGAUAAGAGAUUUUGAACGGCCUCAAAUUAUUACUUGCCGUGUUUCUGUUUUUCAUGGCGUCUUAUUGUAUAAAAGGUUUUCAUUAUAAGUUAAAUGCACAUAAAGUGACUGUAUUAACACCUCCAAAUAAGGCAGUAAGCCGAGCGAUAAAAUUCGUACUGAAAACUCUGAGGUGCCGGACGUUGAUACGCCUAUUCAGCAGGAUUUUUUUCGGCGACAAAUCAUGCAGUCUUUAGAGCCAUUGUCAUGGACGCAACACCGCUUUAUUAUAGUCAUUUUACUUGACAGAAAUCCCAUUCGUUCUGUUAGAUGCAGUAAGUAUGCUUUUCAGGAGUUGGUAGUUGAACCUUGUAGUUCGCGGAGUAGUAUCGAAAUGGGUCUAUUCAAGAAGGAUAACAGCACAUAUUUCUAACUCCCAAACUACUCUAUAAGAGAUUUUACUAACAGUGUAAGGAUACAGUACAGUAAGAGAUGAUGAGAAACCUUUUACCUGCAGCAUCUCAGUGCCCGUCCUCGCAUGCUUUAUAUUGAGAAUCCCAGUCGUUUUCGUUGUUAACACUAAGGUGGUAUGAACGGUGAUUAAACGGCAAAUUUUGAGUAGAAAGUGACUAUUAGUUGGAUUCUCUUAUUCAAAAUACUGACAAAGCAAUGGCCGCAGUUGCAGUGUUUUCAGCUAUUCAAUCGGAACAAUUAGAAGCAGAAUAAGCAGAUGUAUUCUUACCAUAGUUGCUGCUGCAGGCAUGUGGCGGAGUGGCUUCACGUAGACUAUGCCAGAUUUGAUAAGUUUAACUGCAUUCAUUAUUAUAAUACGUAAGGGACUUUGUCAUGUUUGGGAAGAUUAUUAAGGGUUUUUUAGCCUUCUCGGCAAUAAAUAUCAAGGCUUUUUGCCCUCUCUUGCACUUAGAAAUAAACGAAUAGGCACUGAAACAUUGCUUAAGUUUCACUUAAUGAAUGCAUCUCUAUUAUUUUGCGCUACGCUGAUAACAUUUAAACUACUACCCAACCACAAUGCAUGCCCCAGUUUCAUACUUCCUCUACUAAGCAUUAUGUGAAUUUCCGGCGACUAUAGUUCACUCUUCCGGUUAUGCUAGAGAACUUCAUCUUAGGGGAGAAUAUAAAUACUUCCAUUAUUAUGUCAAGGCAGUGGCUCUUACCACUGUUUAACUUGCACCCUCUUUCAGCAGACACGCUUUCCUGUUAUAUAGCACAAAUACUUGACUGAUUUUCAUGAGAAUUUUGCAGUUUAAAUUUUUAAUGCGCAAGGAGAGUCCGUCUACAAGAAUGACCGCCCAAAAUGAGAACUCCGAUGAACAUAUUGUUACGUUUCUUCCUUGAAUUGAGUUCGAUAAAGCAUGUCCGAAUCGCUUGCUAUCCUUGACAAGCUUUCUGGGAAUCUUUCGACAUAUACAUAUGCUGUAGCUCAGAGGGGGUAUGCAUAUGUGUAUAUAUUUUGAAGUAAAACACGUCCUUUCAGAAAAGUAGAAAACUUUAUUAAGUUUUCGACACCGGUUCCCCAGAUCGUCGUCAGACUUGAGCAAAUGUACAAAAAAACAAUUAAUUUAAACCUGUCGAGAAAUCGAUCUUCAUUUGGCGUUUGCGCCUGUAGGCGGCCGCCGUGUGUGUCAUUCUGUACUGAUUGGCUCUCUUCUCUUCCGCUUAUCCCUGGAAUUUUGGACAUGGCAUAUAACUCAAUGUGUCGAUUGAUGCAUGGCUCAUCGGAGUGCAUUGCUUCAGGAAACUCAGGUUUUUUAGAGGGGCAGACUCCGACGAUGCGAGUUUUGUCGCAUGCGAAGGUGUGCGCAGUAUCAAGAGUGUGUAUGGUCAUUUUAGGCAGGUACAUAUAUACGCAUGUACUGGAAUAUUGGCAUCCCAAGAAACAUAAUUCGAAGAAAAAUGAGUCCUUUGGGAAAUUGAACAGACUUCCUUUCGUUAGUUUUCGAUGCUGCUUCCCCAGGUCGUCGUCAGACGUUUAGAAAUCGGGAAGAACAGUUAAAAUUUAAACAUGCCUGAAAAAUCCACAUUGUUUUGUCAGUGCUGUCAGUGGGUUGGUGUUGUGGGCCGACAUCAUAUCUUAAUUAGCUAUCACCCUUUCCGCUUUUCUUUGAGAUUUGCGUACAUUACGUCCAGAUCGAUGUGCCGGUUGAUGCAUGAGUCAUCGGAGUGAAUGGCCUCCAGAAACUCCCGGCCUUUCUUAUAUGGGCAGAAACCGACAAUGCACGUUUUCUUCCAAAUAAAGCUGUGCCCAGUUUCUAGUGUAUGCAUGGCGACUUAAGGUAAGUGGUUUCGCCUCCUCACUGCCAAUGGGUGUUCAUGUAGGAGUGUAGAAGCGGAUUUUCCAAUUUGACCUUAAUAUACUGCAUUAAAGUUGCCACAUGGAAUGAUAAAGACAACUUCUUUUUUAUCCAAAUAGCCAACCCUAUCGUUAGGGUGUAGAAGCUAUAUAUCUCAAGGAUUCUGUGAUUGUAAUAUUCUGUGGUAUACCCAAAGUCAACAAACCAGGAUCUCCCGUACGACGAACUUUUUCUCCAUGAGGCACCCCAACGUUUGGUUUGAUCAAAUGACUGUUUUAGCGUCUGAAGUUUUUAACACGGGGCUCUGAAACGACUAUAAACUCUACUAGACAAUUCAUUGAGAAGCCAAAAGUUACUCGACUUGCAGAUAACGAAGUGUUGGUAUAUUUCCACGUGACACCACUUCUUUAUCUCGCAACACCUAGCGGUCGAAACCAUGCAAACUUUGUUAGAAGAACAUUAUGACAAGACGGAAAAACUCAAGAUAAAACACCUUAUCGAUCAUCUGACGCAUUGCUUGGAGACUUUGUUUGCCUUCAACAGAGUCGUGUGCGAACAAGUCAAAGGUACACCGAUGGGGUCGCCGUUGUCUAGUUUGAUCGCCGAGGCAGUGUUACAGCGACUAUAGGCACCAGUUUUUAACUACUUUCGACCAGGAUUGUGGACGCGACAUCUUAAUGAUUCAGUCGUCAUCAUCAGUUGGGAUUGGAUUAGGAAAUUCACGCAUCAUAUAAAGUUGAUCUUCUCAGACAUCCAGUGGCCGAUGAAAGACAAGGUUGCCAGUUUCCGUUUCUUGACGUGCUGGCUUACAGAAAAAGCGAUGAAAAACUGAAAAAGGCAGUUUACAGGAAGGCGACAAAUACCUCCAGUAUUCUAGGUUUUCUUAGGAACCACUUCCUUUCGCACAAAAGUAGCCUCGUGGGAACACUUUACCGGCGUGUAAAAACCCAUUGCACCGAGCCAGCUGACAAGAUGGUCGGGGUCCGAUUCCGGCAGAAACUCUGAAUAGUCAACGCGCAUCCUGUCAUUUUUGUCGAAAGCGCAGACGACAAGGCCGAGGAAGGAAACCAAAGUGGCAGCCGAAACCGAACUUUUGAUACGUAGUGCCUAGAUAGUUUGUGCAUCAGAAGAAUUCGCUAGACCGAUGAGCGAAUUUUGGGUUGGAGUCGCUCACAGACCGGAAGCAAUAAUCCGCCGGCCACUCAUGCACCCUUAAGAUCCCAUUCUCAUAGAAAUCUGGGAUCAUCUACCGAAGAGUGCAAUUGUAGCUAAACCAAUUAUGUUGGCAGGUUUGGACGAGAUUGCGCGAGCUGGCGGUGAGACGGAAGGACAAAUUCUCCUUGGUAGUCGACUACGCCUCCUCAUUUAGGCCCGACUUUUACUUCGAGUGCAUGAGAGUUUUGGGCCACUCGGACGAUUUAGCUUCGUGCCUGUUGCAGGAAGGGUGGCACUCAACCAAGGACUCGACCAAUAGGCAUAUAGAUCUACCAGUCACUUAUCAAGCGCUGAGUGAACAAAUCAAUAGCUCAGCUGAUGGUCAUUCUCGGCAGAGGUGAGGUGAUUUAUAUAGUCUUUUAUUCCUUGACAAUAAGCUCGAGCGAGAGUUAGGAACGUCGGAUAAAUAAGCAACUGACGUUCAUCUUCCAAACAAAUAGGAAGAUGAUCAGAGGGCAAGUUCAUUGAACAAACUGCAUUUGCACCGACAUUUCGGAAACUUCCUUGCCUCCAUCAUCAGAGUUAUGUGGUCGCUGCUGCGCUAGUUUUUAAGUAUUCAGUCCUGCUACCCGUUUCGUAUUAUAGCCGGGCUGGACACACGAACUCUGACCUGCCCGUUUCCUGCUGACUAGCCUUAGCCUCCCUGAGAUUGACCGUUGGCGGGCUAGCGUGACAUUUGUCCCUCUUGGGGCCGAUAUGGUUGCAGUCGAGUCAGUGUGCCUGUUUGACUUUGCAGACCCGACCUUCGGCCGAUGCCUCCCCUCAUUUCCGUGAGCGUCGGCGCCCGGUUCCCCGUGCUCGCCUGCCCCACUGGUCCUGCCUGAGCUGAUCCGAGCCUUGUAAGCAGCGCCUAGUACGCGGGAUUCAGGUCUAUCGCUCGGUGAUAUGGGCCAGUAGACGACCAGGUUUUGUGCACCAGUGUGGCCAUCUUCUCACUGGCUCGGCAAAUCAAAACUAGUCGGCGGCAAACGGGCAGGUCGAAGUUCGUGUGUUGAGUACAGCUAUAACAUAGGGUAUUCGGCAAGGCCGAAUAACCGAAGACUAGCAGGAGUAGCGGCCAUACAACUCAGAUGGUGGAGGCGACGACGUUUCCGAAACGCCAGUCUAAAUAAAAUAUGGUCCAUGAACUCGUCCUCUCUUCUUCAUCUCCGGGAAAUGGUGAAUGUUAAUCUUUAUUAGGACAGAUGGGCGCUCAUGGAUCAGGUUACGGAACACUCUUGCUCCGUUGUGCCUUGAAGCUCAUAUUAGAACCCUUUGAGGGCAGUCGCACAGCGACUAGUAGAAGAAGUGACAUGGUACCAGCAAAGACAAGGGAGAUCAAAAUGUCCAUUUCUGACUUAUUGGCUGUUUUCAGCCGGUCACACCCAGCCCGAAGUGUGGAUCGCUUGAGACUCAAACCCGAAAUCUUUGGCUCAAUGGUAGUUUCAAACUCCAUGACCGAAGUUUCCGGGUUCGAAUCUCAAGUGAUUCACACUUGGGGUUAGGCGAUCUCGGGAACCACAAUUGUAUUGUUCUGGCGUUUAAAGGGCAAACAAGCUUUCAUCUUCAGAGGUGAGUGUUGUACCGCGUCUCAGGAUAUUUAUAGGUGGUGACAAUCUUGUUGCAAUGGGUUUACUUCUCAUCGGGAGCCGGCUUUCGGACGCUUGCCGUCAUUGCACGUGUUCACAUUGAUAUGAUCUCUCGUCCUUGGCUGGCAAUCUUUUUUACAACCCGGCGACCCCCUGUGUUCUCACCUGCCGGAAAAGUGGCAGUGACAAUAGCUUCUUCGUCGGAUCCCUUUGUGUUGCCGCGACCGCCCGUUUUCUCACCUGCUGAGUGAGUGGAUGACGCGGCUGUGAUGACGGUCGCACCUUCUUCAGAUCCGGUUUGCGGUGCAGCUGCGUGUGUCCCUCAUGGGCGCGGCCGUAUUUGUCCUUCUGUCUUGUCGUACCCCGGGUUUGCUCCUCUGUUCACUGAACUGCGUCCGGAGGGCCUAGUACGCUUCGGGAGACGCUACACCGCGGAUGACGGUAUGCCAGGCCUCGGUUGUUUAUCUAGUCACACGGCCAUUUCCUCGCCCAGGAUUUCAGCAUUCGGGAAGGCGAACUUGUGUCCAUAGUUUGCGCAGUGUUCUGCAACCAAAGACAACGGGCCCAUCUUAUCGCUCUCAUGUGUUCUCCAACACGGGUCUGCAGUCCUUCGCCGAUCUCUCCAAUGUAGGUCAUUUCGCAGGAGCCGCAAUGGAUCCGAUAAAUGACGUAGGUUGUGUCACGGGGUGACAGGGGGAUCAUAGGUCUCAUGACGAGAUGUCGAAUUGUUAACUCUGGCCAAUGGGCCAAUCCCCAGUGGUCUUAGGAGAAGGAGACUGUCUCAGAGAUGCCAUCAAGGUAAGAAAGCGCUCUCCAGAUUUUUGACCGUUCUGUCGCUGGACUUCGGCUUGGCACAAGCUGCCUGUUGCGUUCUAUGAAGUGGCGAGUAUACCCGUUUGCCAUGAAAAGGCUCCACCGGACCUACUGUGAUGAUCUCCUUAAGAAAGAGAUGUCUUACAUGUACCGAUUGUUUUGAUCUAACGGAUAUGCGAUUAUCUUUGUAAAGAACUGCGUCAGGAACCAGAUACAGUUGUAAGACCCCACUUAAGACGAAGAAAUUAUAACAUAAAAAUUCGACUUCCUGCCUUAUAAGGGGGGAACCUCUGAAGUGAUUAACCCGCAGCUAAUCCAGUUCGGUAUUCGCAUUGCUCACAAGCCAGCAUUCUCACUGCGCUCAGAAAUAUCUCAAAUAAAUGGUCCCAUUCCUGAAGACUGUUCAACAAACGUGUUCCGUCGCAGUCGCUGUGCUAAUUGUUCAGCGUGUAUGUUGGCCAUGCGAGUCGGCGCCUGGGCAUUCGUAUUAAUGAAUACUAACUGGCUUUCCGUCGCCGUGAACCACUGUCCCUCGUCUUUGCGCACGCACUGGAGUGUGACCACCGAUUCAAUUGGGAUGGUACUGAGAGAGAGCGAGCGAGAGAGCUUCUCGCGGCUUGAUACUCCAAUGUAGGUAGUAUUAACCGCUAUGUUUACCUGGACGCCCAUUACGAGGACCUACGUUCAUGACUUGCUGAGCCCUGCCCCCAUGCCGCAUCAGCGACUACUAAUCUAACCGCUCACACCCCUGCCAACCUACCAUACUUCCUCCCCUCCGGCACAGGCAGCCGUAACUAUUCUGCCCUCCCAUCCCCCCUCAGAAACCUACCGUGACCCCGUGCCUACUUCAUCCCUCUAAAACGCUAAUGGUCUGCCUGUCACUGUCUGUCCCGUCGCGCCAAUUGGUCUAAUAUGACAGCCUUACAUUCUCCAUUUCCUUCAUUUCGUCUGACGGCGCGUUGAUGUCACCAACUUGAAAAUCCACGAAUACAGCGCGAUUGUUCCCGAGGUACUUCGGGAAGAAUCGGGUUAUACUUUUGAAUUUCAAAUAGGUGUACGUAGGCGACUUAUCUAAUGAAACGUGCCUAAAUUAAAGGAAAAUCACCAACCAAUCUGAAAGGAGUCCGGACGAAUCCACCAAAACACCAAACUAGUAAUGGACGGCCUUCAAUUGAACGCAAAUUCAAAAUAAGUAGUAUAAGUACCGUUUAGAUGAGUAUAAAGAACAAUCUUCCUAAAAAACGGAAAUGCCGAAGAUAUGAAAAUUCAUCUGACGUGUGUAUACUCCAAUUUUGGAAGUACAUAAUGCCUUUUCGGGCAAAUAACUGACUAAAACGCCAUAAGCACAGUAACGAGUAAACUUUUUUUCGCAUGGAUUUCCCUUAAAUAUCCUUCAAGGAUUAUAAGAAGUUUGACACAUUCGAGCGCGUAAUGUCCUGCCAUUUGUCUCAAGAUCGUGCUUUGCAAAAUCCGACGUAAUUUUCUGUUUUGUAUUUUCUUAGAUGCAGCUAACUAAAGUAUAGAGGAUUCCGCUUGAUGUCGCUGAUAGAGAUGCCAGAUGGAUAAAAGCUCCCAUACCGUCACAUGCUGACAAAGUUGUCAACUACUAUUGAAUUUGAAUAUAAGUGACAAGUGCAAUCGUGAGCAUACCGUUUUGUACCUAUUAAGAAUGUUCAUUAAAAUUUAUGAUCUGACUCAAAGAUUUCACGUCCCGGGACUUAACUCAAUGUCCAGCACCUAAAAAUUACUGAAAUUAUUACCUUGAUAUUAAGAAUACUUUGCUUCUGUCAAAUCUCUUGGCCUUUUUGUUGACGGAGGAGUCUGUUGGUUUUCAUUAUCCUUUAAAUGCCAGCAGAUACUUCAUAGUCUUCGGUGUUUUCAAUCGACUGCCCAUAAAGAUAGGUUCUGGGACAUGUGUUUAUCUAAACUUUCAAGAUAAGAUAUUUAUUGAAAGCAGUUACCGAAGUAGUAAGUACUUGGGUGUUCUUUUUUAUGUAGAUGGUCAUUUGAGUCACACCUGAAGACCCAUCCAAGCAUAAAGCUGCGUUGUCUAAAAAACUGGAGUCUUCAACCAACGGUGAAGACGGAUAUGCUUUUCUUCGAAUGAAAAGCUUUCUCUAAUUCGUAGCCUAUUUACAAAGUGCUCGAUACUGUAUUUUGCCGGCAGAUGUCCACGUCAUUUACCCUUUUAUACAGUAAAACCAUGAAAAACAUCGGUCCUCAUGACCGUUCUUUUAAUUACCCGAAAACCACUUAGAUGUUUCUACCGCAAAGGGGAGAACUUGUGUUUCACCUUUUGCUAGCUUUUUUUGCUGUCUCUGCUUAGUAUGAAGUUCUGUUCUACGAUUGUAGAUGCACUGAAGAGUGGCGGCAUAAGUGUCUAAAUAUUGCUCAAACUGUGGGCGUUUCGUCCGUUCCGCUUCUAAAUUACAUAUGAACAGCAAGCAGACCGUACUAAAAAUGUCUUUCCAUGCGUACGAAAUUUUAAAUGACUACUUGGUGCUGAGCAUUUUGGUAGUUACUCAUAGUGUUUUUGUAAAUGGCAUGACAAUUCCGACACAUUUAGGCAAAGGGUUGCCUGUAGGCGCUGUUACUGCAUUUUUGGAGAAGAAAGUACAUUGAGUUACGUUGUUUAAUUUCCAAGGAAACUAAUGUGCGAACUUGGAGCAAAUCUUUCGAUAUCAACCUUUUUAGGCACGGUCGAAAAUUUGAUAUGAAUAUUUGAGCUGAAAUCCAUCAACUACUGCAGAAUAACCGCCUAAUAUUCAUUAACUGCCAACAGCCAGUCAUUUGUAUAGACUUGUGAAAUUAUUUACCGUACUAACAACACAGAUAUUAGCUAAAAGCCCAGACCGCGUGUUUCGCCGAUCUUAUGCCGCUGCCUGACGCAGCUGCGAGGGGUUCGGCUCGUCAGUGGGUUCCCCAGCUGUCCCCGUGUGUUUUCUGGUACAUGAACUCCAGUUUCCACUUGCCUUGUUUAAUUUCCGAGGAAACGUCUGGCUGCCUGUUGGCGGUUUGCGAAUAUUAGGCCGUUAGUCCACAGUAGCUGAUGGAUUUCAGCUCAAAUAUUCAUCUUAAACUUUGAACCGUGCCUGAAAAGGUCGGUUUCGAAAGAAUUGCUCCGAGUUCGCGCAUUAGUUUCCUCGGAAAUUAAACAAGGAAUGUUAAAACUGGAGUUCACAUACCAGAAAACACACGGAGAAGGCUGGGGGACCCAGCCGAACCCCUCGCAGAUGCGUCAGGCAGCGGCAUAAGAUCGACAAAACACGCGCGUCUGGGCUUUUAGCUAAUACCUGUGUUGUUAGUACAGUAAAUCCUUGCAAAUUCUACAUUGAUUUACAAAUCUGACCUAAAAAUCGAUGCAACUGUUGGCUUUCUAAAAAAACCCUGUACGGUCGCAACCUGCAUCAAGCGCCUAACGUCGGAUAAAAGAUUAAAUUUCGAUUGCGGGAUCUCUGCCUUGCAGAUCUCCUGAAGUCAGAUUACUCUCCUCGGAAAGAAAAGCAGCCUGGGAUGCGUAAAGCAAGUCAUGGACGGAUGUUAACGAAGGAAAUUGUCCGAAAAUAAGAUAACGUAGAUAUCUGUUCAAAUUUUUUAAAAUUUGACCUGAACAAUUAUUUAGACACAUAUUUUUUCACGAUAAGAGGACAUUUCUCGGAAGGGGCUGGAUGAAUGAGCAAAAUGUGCAACCUUCUAACUGCCUUAAAUUAUCAUAUCAGUUUCCGUCGUCGUGUUUCGUGGUUUUGGUCCAUACUUUAUGUAAAUCCAUGUAUUUGAAUUGUGCCGCUUAAGUUGCCUUGAGGAAACUUUGUACUUAGGUCGAUGAGAAAGUGUAUUCAUCAACAAUCCCAUCACGGCUAUUUUAGAAAACAUUUAUUUGGUGACGCAUAAUGCACUAAAAUUGCAAAAAUUACGGCAUAUUUCUCGAAAUGUAUUUUCACUCGAAGGAGGUUGUCUUCUCGCGUUUCCUAUUGGUUAACCACUGUUUAAGCACUGGAACCUUACUGCAAAACCUUAAAGGAUUGCAGCAGCUUCAUGGAGCUUGAGGAUGGGAGACAUCCUAAAGCAAUUAUAGUGAAUGCCAGUUACAUUUCAUUGCAUCACUUUCGUACAGUUUUCCUGGAAUUUCUUCGAAGUACAUCAGAAUACUAUGUCGCCUCCUUCGUUAGAAGUACAUUCAAAGCAAACUAACAGUUUAAGUUCUACGCUUGAGCAUGAAAAGCGUUGACUAUGGCCGGAUGCAUUUUCGAGCAGAAUUAGCAACAGCAAAAAGCAAGCCAGAUUUUCAGUUUUUUUCGUGAAAAUGAUGGCAAAACUUGCGCAGAACGUUAGCAAGCGUGAUGCACAGAAUGAUGCUUAGCAACUGAGUUGUACUUCCUGAGAGAAAAAACAAAACACUGAGGACUAUUUAAUUCGUUCUUUUAUAUUGCAGUCGUCGCCUGCACCUCGCCUUUGCUUUACUACAGUACGCGCAAGCCGUAGUCUAAAGCGUAAAAAUGCGUGAAUGAUUUAUUCAGAUAUCAGCUUCCUCGUGGCUUUAUCAGCAUGGCAGUCGGGGCCCGUCGCAGUGCUCCCUUAAGGAUUCUACUACCUCGAACCAGAAUCAGCACAUCCACUCUAGUUGUGUUUUUCUCCUAAUGCAAUAUCUGAGGAAAAUUUGCGGAAUUGAGAAAUCUUGAAUAUAAAUCAUCACAUUUUGACCCUCCAAAGUUCAUUAUGCAAAUUGAGAUUAUUUUAAAACAUGUUCCUUAAAUAUUUGGGAGGCAUUUAUGUGUGCCUGGAGCGCGGAUAUCAAAAAUAAAGUACUUACCGUGUAUCGUUUGUUUUAGGAAGAAUGCUAUUACCGACUAAGACAAAGGAGCCUGGAAUGGCCAUUUCUGGCUUAUUAGGUGCCGUCAGUCUUCGUCAAGUGGCUGACGACGGCUAAUAAGCCAGAAAUGGCCAUUCCAGUCUUAUUUGUCUUUGUCAGUAAUAACAUUCUGCCUAUAUAUCAUGCGCCGCUGUGCGGCUUCUGGUUGGGCUCGAGAGAAAGAGAGCUCGUCAGGCACAACGGAACGAGUGAGUUCCGUAAGAGCGAUCGGCGAGCGUCCUUCCACCGUGGUUUGUUUUAGAUUACUAGGUAAACAAUCCUUCAGGCUUUUGAUAGUAUUGUCGCGAGGGCCGCACUUUUGGACACCAUACUGAUCUAAUUUUCAAAACUUUUGCUUGCAUUUGGGAACCGAAGGCGUGGAGUUAUCAAAACUUCUACGAAUUGCCCAAAUGCCAACGUAGAAAUACAAGAGGCUUCCGCUGUAAGGUUGUCUCUUUGUCAGUUCUUAAUGAACUGUAAACGCCCCGAGUUCAGUAUUGCACGCAAUCACUGCCAUCGAGCCAAAAUGCUCACCAGCUUCAAUGCUUAUUGUAAUUUUAUCUUCUUUAGCGACGCUGUGUCGAACGGACGUCGGUGAAGCAGACACGGGAGAACUCGCGUCCGCUCGUCAACUGCAAUUUACCCUUUCUCGUUGUCUUACUUCUCUCGAAGUCUGUAUUGGUCACCACUUAACAGCCAGCUUGCCUAAGCCCGAAUUACAUAGAAGUGAAGACAUUGCUAGAGCCUUCAGAAUCAGUUGUGAACUGAGGGACUGCAUCUCUCUUGCCUUUGUGCUUCAUGAACUUCUCCUGGCUCAUGAGGAGGCCACUAGGGAUGAAAGUGUCAGUGCGGCCACGAGUUUGCCCGAGUCUGACAGGAGUGCCUUGCUGACCUCCAUGGCAUCUGCCCGGGCGGAAUACUUCCUCAAUAGCCGUUUUAUCUCCAGACUUCGUCAGGACUCCUUGGUUUUGCGAGUGAGUCAGGGGCCGCUGAUUAUUUCUCCUUCAUCGACUUCUUGUUUCAUCACUCUGACACUUUGCUUCCCACAGGCGGAGUCGCAGUGUUUCCCAUCAAAUGAAAAUACUACAGUUAUUACAAAAAUUUAUUAGAAAAGCGGCAUUUUUCAAAAACUGAAAAUGCAAACCUUUAAUCAUAAGCUUAGUACAGUAGAUGUGCUAACUCACGAAAUGUCAACCAAAAUUUCGAAAUGCGUUCUCGUUCCGAAAAGAUAAAUUAAGUAGUGUUGUAAAAUUAUUCAUGAUGCAGCAUAAAUCUAUAAUGGUCCAGUUACCUCAGGGUGUCGGCUUUCGAAAGAUUUUAUUUUCGGCUGCAUGCAAGAUCUAUACUCUGCAAAAAAUGACUACUUAAGUAGCAUGCAAUUUUCUCAUUGAUUUUCGAUGCCCCUGAAAAUUCAACUAUACUUCGUGGAAAACAUGCAUAAAAAUAUUCAUUCUUAUGCUAAUUCGGUAGAAAAUCACGUCGCCCUCCAAUUUCAUACUCAAAAAGAGUAUAAUUCGGUUUUAAAAAAGUUUCUAAUUGUGAAAUUUUUUAAUGGCCGUUCAUGAAACGUCAUGUUUCUGCAUUUACGAAUGUGGCUUGUAAAGUUAACAAUAUUGCUCAAAUCCACUGCUUAAUUUUAUGAACCUCAUAUGGUCUCCUCUUAACACCGUAGAGAAAUGCAUGGUUUUCCGUACACGGAAAAUAUACAGCUUGUAGUUUGGAAACCCUGAAUGCAAGUCUAACAGCAGGUCGGGUUCAAAAUUAUUCGGGAAAUAGAAAAGGUUUUUCGAAGACCGAAUUAUACUCUUCUUUUGAGUAUGAAAUUGGAGGGAGACGUGAUUUUCUACCGACUAAAUAAAAGGAUGAAUAUUUUUAUGCAUGUUUUCCAUGAAAUAUAACUGAAUUUUCAAGGGCACCGAAAAUCAAUGAGAAAAUUGCAUGCUACUUAAGUAGUCAUUUUUGCAGAGUAUAGAUCUUGCAUGCAGCUGAAAAUAAGUUCUUUCGAAAGCGGACACCCUGAGUUAACUGGACCAUUAUAGAUUUUUGCUGCAUCAUGGUUAGUUUUACAACACUACUUAAUUUAUCUUUUCGAAACGAGAACGCAUUUCGAAAUUUUGGUUGACAUUUCAUGAGUUAGCAUAUUUACUGUAUUAGCUGUACCCUGAUCUGCUUGAUAUCGUUCGUACUACUACCCAUGUCAUAUUGCAAGUAGGUGGAGCCAACGAGUAGCGGUUCCAGCCUGUCUGCAGAGCAGUGCUAUACUGCGUUUGUGCUAGUAUAAUUGAUUCAGAUAAAUAGGUGAAUUUUAAAGAGCAGCUCUUUGAUAAUUACAGUAGGUAUGCUAUCUCAUGAAAUGUUGACUAGAAUUCUGGAAUGUCUUUUUAAUCUGAAAAGAUUGCUCAAGUAGUCUUAUCAAAUUAAUUGUCGUGCCGCAUAAUGUUAGGGUAUUCCAGUCAUGUUAGACGGACGGUUUUAGAACAAGUGUCUUAUCGACCGCUCUAGAAAUGGAUUUUCCCCGCCGAUUUUCGGUAGCCUUAUAAAUUCAAAUGCAUUUUAUAGAAAGCGAACACCCACAUAUCCUUUUCUUUUACUUAUCUAGAAGUAAACUACAUCUUUUUAACACUUUAUACUCAAAGGAAGAGUACCUUUCCCUUUUAAAAACUAUAUCAAAUCCUGCAUUAUUUUGAACACGACCGUAAAUUAAGCUUGCAUUCAGAGUUUCCAAACUACAAGCUGUGUACUUUCCGUGCAAAGGAAAUUAUACACUAUGUGCUAUUAAGAAGAGGGCAUAAAAGGCGUAUAAAAUUUUGUAAUGAAUGUGGACCACGUUGAGCGUUUUAUGAGCAGCAUCACUAAAUGUGCUCGUGCGAUGCUGUAUAAUGACGUAUCUCGCCGUCAUGAAAAAGGUUUUAACUCGAAGCACAUUGAAACCGAAAAAUACCCUUUUUCAAGCAUAAAAUUUUAAGAAGGCAUAAUUUGCUAUUACAUGCACAGCCGAAGAAAUAUUUUUACGUACGCUUUCUAUAAAGUGGAUUCAUAUGAGCAUUACGCUACUUAAGCAGUCAUUUUUACGGGACAUAGUUUUCAGGUGGCCGGAAUAGACCCCGUUCAGGAGCCGGCAUCUUAAAGUGACUGAAAUGUCUUGGCAGUUUUUCGCACGACAGUUAAUAUCACAACCCUAUUUCAGUAAUCUUUUCGAAUUUAAAAGGCAUUUUGGAACUUAGAGUAACGUUUCAUGAGGUAGCACAUAUACCGUAUGUGCAGAUCAAUGAGACUAUCGCUUCAGCGUUGCAGCGCUGAAUUCCAGGGUGGAACGCAUUUCCGGGUUUUAAUUUUAAACCCAGCCCUAAUCCUCCUAACCAUGACAGUCCACUAAGAGAACUAGUUUAUCUGAGUCUCGCCCAGCAGGGCCAGAAACCUUUCUAUCAAAAUCGACAUUUUCAUCCAUUCUGAUACUUACGCAGACGAAUGCGCAAUCAUCAAAUGCAGAAAGAUUUAAUAAUAUAAGAUGAUUGACUUUAGGAAGGCGAAUAAAAAAUUCUUUAACGAUCCAUUUCCUGAGGGGGAAAGUCAAUGAAGAAACACAUUUUAGGUUGGGUAGUUGAUUUAUUGCUCACUUCAUCCCAGGAUAGGCGUGAAGUGGCCUUUUGUAAGUCGCAGCAGUGUUUUGUUUGGCCCUAUAGAGUCAUUCUACAACCAAAGUCAUCCUUUCUAAUAACAGACGCAGUUUAUAAUUUUGAUUAAAAUUUUAUGAGAUCCUCCACUUACUGGGCAGUUUUUAUCUUACUACUCCAUCCUAGCAAACGGAUGACUUGUCCUAAGCUUAUUUAUGGAGUGACUGACCAUUUUCCGAUGCAGAAGACUUGAGAACACAGUAAAAUCUAACCUAGGAGCAACUACCUAACGAUGGCUAUUCAGUAAAACUCAUUUGCAACAAUGCAAGGAGUAUACAUUUAGCUUGCGCAAAACUAAUCAGGAGUUGACUGGUUUAUAUUUCAUUACGCUUUUUAUUCAACGCCACCCGUGCCAUAAAUUUGUCUCUCAACGUGUUUCGUAUAAGAGCAACUUCCUGAGCACCUGACAGUAUCAAAAGCAGGCUAAAAUUUCAAAACUAUCAAAGUGGUCAGAAGGGUCACGCUGUCUAAGAGUAACUUGGUUUUGAAUAUUGGGGUAGGAUAUGAAAAUAGAUAUCGCCGUAUUACAGCGGCCUUGGGCUGAAUUCCAGUGGGUUUACGAUUGGCGUUAGGGUUGGCGCCAGCAUGAUGAGAUGAGAUGUCAGCAACUAACAACUUGCAUGCCGGCCAUCAAGCAAUUAGCGCACCAGCGGGCAACAAUCCUUGAUGAAGGGAGCACGGUUAAUUGCUGUAGGUAUGCGGUAGCAUGCCGACCGCAUCCUAUAAAUACUGCGACUUCCUGUACACGAGCCACCCUUUUCUGCAACUGUCUCUGAUGAUGGAUUCAAGAGAGAAUCCGAAACGUCAGGCGAAUAAAGCCAUUGUUCCAGCGAUCGCUUCUUCUUCUGAUCAAGUAGGAGGAUUGUCAUGGUUAGGAGAAUUGGGGCUGGGUUUAAAAUUAAUACCCGAAAAUGCGUUCCACCCUGGAAUUUAUCAUAAAACCAGCCGUAAUAGGGAACAGCAGUCUCUGCGUCCAUAGUAAUGUGAUUGUGUGUACGUCUAACCUAUUUCUUAUGGCCUGAGAACGCACACAAAUGAGCAUAAAGGGUUGUUUCCGAAUGUGCUCAGUGCUGAAGAAGAGUAAUCUAAAGCAGCCAUAUCUCCUUGACCCGCGGCUCUUGUUUAGACCAAAGUACAGGGUAUAUUUUAUAAGUCGCAUAUUUCUUCGUAAAGAUGAAGAUGUGUAGGCAAACAGGUGAUGGUUGAACUGUCCUGCUUUUUCGAAGGAAGCAGCUGCAAAAGGGCAGUCUUGCCCUCGACUGGAAAGAUAAUUUACCGACGAAACUUACAACCUGGAAGAGGCCAGCCUGAGCUAUAUCACGGUUUAGAAUAGAUCAUCCUAAUGGUUUAAGUUUAGGUUUUCAAGGACUUUUUUUUACUCCAUCUGAAAUCAAACCUCGUCCAACCUGGUAGCACAUGAAAUAUUUUAAGGCUGCUAAACCACCACUUACACAUCCAGAUAAUUUUUUUGUUUCAUGUUCUUUAUUUCUUUGAAAUACCCAAUACUUUCCUAAUUGCGCCCCUGGAUCUCAUUCCUAAAGGUUGUCUAGGACAAUAAUUUGCCUUCAUUUCAAACAGAGAUCUCAGAAUCAGCUCCAGCCCUCUCACAACUUUAGUAAGCGAAUUCUACGCCUUCAAAAACCUUGUAUCAGAUGGCUUUUCUUUGUUGCUUUUCAGAAACUGGCGCUUUGGAUUGUGACCUCACAGGAGAAGUUUUUCUUCAGUCAGUUUAAUUGUCCCAUCUCCCCUGAAACAAGCAGCAAAUCUCCAGCACUAUGUAGAUCGCUUUUGAGAACGUUGAAUGACAUUCUGCUUCUGUUUGUGGGCAAUUGGGUCCCUGUCUCGAAGUUGCAUGCAACUCCAGAGACUGAAACUACUGAGCAUGGUAGGAGUCAAACCUCAAUGGAAUUGGAUAUUUUGGUGUCCUCUAAUGCAAUCUCUAUGUGCAUGCAGGCGUUAAUCAAAAUUACGUUGUCGGAAGUCGGGAGACAACUACUUCAAGAACGGUAAGCGUUAGUUAGCCAAACUGACUCAAAGCCCACUCUCCCUUUUUGCACUCCUAAAUUUUAUUUUCUAACUGUAUUUUGCGCAACAUAUGCACUCCAAGGAAGAACGACAUACAAUUACAUAAAAAUUAGUUUCGAACCCGGACUUUUGUUCCUGAGUCUUUUCCAGUGUUAUCCAUAGUAACCUUCUGCCUUAAUCAGACUUUUUGUGCUGUUUAUGGCUGUACGUUUCAAUGGACGCAUAAUUGUUCACUGAACCCCCUGCAGCAUCGCUAGUUUUGGUAAGUUAGUGUCCUUUAUCUGAAUUAACCAUCGAUCUAGCAAAAAGGUUCAUUCAGACAAGCAUGCCCAAUCUGUUUUCCAUCAAAUAAUUAUUGCGGCACAAAGAAGAUCAGAACUGUCGCCUGGAACGGUCCACAGAAAAUUUUCUAGGGCCUUUUAAAAUCCUCCGAAUUCGGAUUGCUUUACGUCAACCUUCAUUAGUUGAUCAUAUAACAGUUCAAUGUACUUUUGCAGUUGGCUUCUUUAACUGAUAGGAAGCGAAGAUUAACCUAGUUGAGAAUACCUCUGAUUUAUUGGCCAAUAAAAAUCCAUGUGCCCUUAUAACUUGCAAAAGUAGAGAAAGCUUAUGCAUUCGGGAUAGCAGAAUUUGAGGAAAAAGUUCUUUUUUGUCCAGAGACUUCAUCUUAAAACUUCAAGUGCUUUAAUUAUCAUUUUGUACGUAACCAAAAAAGAAUUGUUGGGCGUCUUAUUACAUCAGGUGCAGGUACUUUGUAUGAGCUAGUUUGUUUUUAGCUUCAGGGCAUAACUUCCCUUUUCUCCUGCCUAGUUUAGCUGUUAUCCAUAAGGUGUUUGACUGCGUUAAUGCACAACAGUAAUUAUUAUCCAUGUGUGCCAGCAUUUGCAGUGUAUAGAAACUAAUAAUUCUUGAUGCUUUCCGUGAAGCCGACAAUUCAAAUCUAGAUGGGUUACAGUAGUUAAAAGUUCAGUCAUAUGAAGCGACCGCCCGUCUUUUCCGUUUGUUAUUCUGUGUUUCUUUUGUGUUAACAUGCACACGGAAGAUUUACCAAAUCCCCAUGAAAGCGACUUUUAUUGACUACUUCUGAUUGUGGGAUUAGAAAAAGACUUUCUUCUUUGCUUUGGAACCUUAGGUCUGAAGCUCUCAGUGGUCGUAUAGCGAUCAGGAAUUAAUGGUCGAGAAAUGUGGCUGACAAAGACGAGAUCUAGGAAAAUUGUCAUUUUCGAAAAUUUGUUGAUACCAGGCCCAGCGAGCCUUUGAGAAGUUUAGGUUGAACCUUCGUACCGUUUGAGCUAGGUGACUCACGCUCUGUCGAUCGAUAUUUUUGUCGCAGAUUGCUGUCGCACAAACGGCAACAAUCCGCUUUGAAUAGGAGCUAGUAGUUUUGUUCGGUAUGCAGUUGCAUAGCGUGUGCGUCCUAUAAAUAUGGUAACCCCCUGCGAUUGAAUCAUCCGUAUCCAAUUCUGCCUCUGACAAUGGGUUGGACCAUGAAUGUGAAACGCCAGGCGAAUACAGUUCUUGUUCCGUCGAUCGCGUCUACUCCUUCUCAGCUGCUUCUUGGUACUAGCCAUUUCGCUUGUGUCGGGAAACGGUAUGGUUCGUCACUUGGGGAGAGGGGGGUGACAUGCACCGACUUACCUUGACUGCAGGACGAAAAUGUGCAUUUCCGUCCUGAUUUAUUGCCUCUCAAGCAUACGUUGUACGACGACCAACCGUCCUUAAUCAGAAUACCUUCCGACAGUGCCGGGGGAUUUGAGUGACCGUUUCUGAAUUGUCUGCUGUCAUUAGCCAGUGACAAUAAACCGCAGACACUGGAGCACUCGGCGUUCUAAGCAACAGUUCAUUGAUUCACUGAAAGUUGAUACCACUGGAUAGUGGUGGUGGUGGUGGCCAGUCAUUUUCGGCAAUAUUUCUCGACCUCUGAGACUAUAUGCCAGCAGUAGGGUUGUCGUCCGCUUAGCCGCUUAUUUGCUUCGACAUGUUUACGCAGAUUUGUCUACGCCGAUGGAAGAAGAAUGCGUCCCGGUUACACAUCAAGGUCAAACAUUACAAAAUGACAGUCAUUUGUUUUGGGCGACCUGCAGGAACAAAUUUACUUGUACCAUUUGAAAGGAAAUUACACAGUGUGACUUUAAAUUUUUCAACAGUCUGUAGUCUUGGCUUGCACAUAAAAUCCUUGAUUUGAAUGUUGAUGUCAGACAUUCCCAGUAUGGUAAAACAUACUCAGCAUUUUGUAGACCAUUUUAUGCUCUACUUUUACACUUUUACUUGUCUGUGAAGGGUCACAUAGUUGGUGCAUGAUCCACCGCACUGACAGGACAGACAUUAACUAAACGCACCGCUUUUCUGGUGCCUUGUGACACAGCUGCGAGGAGUUCGAUCCUAUGGCUCUUUCAUAAAGUUUCCACGGGUAUCCCUCAAAAACAAUAGAAAAUUUUCGAUAAGAAUAUUUUGUUCAGCAUUUUCUGAAAGUUGUGCGGCACGCAAAUCGUUAUUUUGUUUUUUUUUACAAAGACGAGGUAGUGGAUAAAUUUGCUGUUGUAAGCAGUCCUCUACCUUGCGGUAUGAAUUUCCACAACAUUGUGUUGCUCAAACCUUAAAUCUUGUUGCUCAGCUCACGUCUUACAAAAGAAGAAGUGCAGUAUCUUCAUGCGAAGCUACUCAAGUGCUCGAACAGGUUAGCGGAUCUUCCUAGCACGCAGGAGACAGCGAGCAUUCUGGAGAAUUUUAAUGGCCUUAUGAAACAUCUUCAACAAACAUUUUCUUUAGCAGCGGAUCCUACGGUUAGGUAUGCGUUGUCCUCUCUUUUCGUGACGGAAUAUUCGUCACUGUUUUCCCGUCAUCUUGGUGCUUAUGCUAUACCUACAAUGUAGGGGAAAAUCAGUCAAUUAUAGCAUUUUUACUUAUAUCAUACUAUGUAUCAGAUAUAUCAUAAUGCGGCUGAAUUCUUUCAGUAGUCUGAGAAAACGUCCAAAGUGAGACGUCGUGCAUUUCGCAUGUGAAUCCUGUCAUUUACCCCGUGCAUGGUACUCUAAAGCGUCUGGGUGUGAGGUAUGAAAAUGACUUAUUUUAUAGGGUCUUCGUUGUAAAAAUAAAAUCACAAUGAAUAUAAGUUUUUCAUCGAACGUGAUGCCAACCACUAAAUUGGUCAUCCAGAAUCCGUAUGUCAGAACUACAAAUAAAUAAUAGGUAUGUAUUCUUCUUUAUUCUUUACGGAGUUCUCGGAAUUACUUAUAUACAAACCCUGUUUGUAUCUGCAUAUGUACGAGCAUCGAAAAGUCAAUUGAAAAAACGUACUAUCUCUGUAGCCAUUUGUUGCCGGGUGUAAUUUAUGCGAACGGCCGGAAAUAGGCUUAUUCAAGAGCCCACAUACAGGCGGGACUCGUUUAUUUUGGGAGAUACCUGAAUGGUAAUUACUCUUAUAAUACGUAAUCUUUUCUAAUCUUAAACCCACUUUAUGAAAUAGGCCAGAUACUGCAAUUUCUGUCGCUAAAUAGCCUCCGCCAGCCCUCCCCGUGACAAAGGUUCUUACAGACUCUGUUUUCGUUGAUUGGGAACUGCGGGAAAUUCACUUGAAUGUCUUCCCACUUAUAUUCAUGUUGAGAAGCUUCCGUUGGUCUCUCCGAUUUCCGAAAACUACUGCUUAUUGCAGAAUAUGGGAAAUGAAGGCAAUCAAAAAACAUUGACUGCCAGGAGUGUAAGUUAACUGGAAACGAAAAAAAGAAAACUGAACCGCUCAUUCAUAGAGAUCGAUAAAAACCACUUCCCAUCGCAGCCGAAAUGGCAGGAGUCCACGGUUUAGGGCUGAGGGUUUGUCCAGUGUCUGAUGGACCCGGGUUUCAGCCGUUGGUGUGGCGUCUGAAGUCGACAUCUGCAUGCGAACAGGCCUCGUACUCCGGUUGCCUUUCCGUAGUCAUCUCAACAGAUGUUCCAGUAACCAGAAUUUUGCUUUUUGAAUGCUCAGCCUCAUGCAUGUUAGCAAGUGGUCAUAACAAACUGACUCUGAUUCAGUUGUGUUUUGCCAUGAUGUCCACCGGAUCGACAGCCAACUUUAAGUUGAUUCAGAGUUUGUUUUUACUCCACUUUUUUCUAUAUAUAAAACUAUUCCAAUUUUGAUUUAGUCGGAUCUUCUAUCUAGUGUCCGAACUUUAUUUGUGUACCAUCUCGUUGUAGCUCUUUCUUCUUCCUUUCAAGUGCUCAACAUUCUCAUCUUAACAACUGUGGUCUUCUUCAACCAAGCACAUCUACAGUACCUAUCACGGACCGGGGAGAACCAAAAACGGACAGUGACCUAUCUUCCUCUAGUCUUGGGCCGAUCCAGACGAUGGCAAAAGUACGCAAGUACCUGACCUCUAACGUACCCCGAAAUAUCACGCAUGCGAGUGUAAUUUCCAGGUUGGAAACUCUCUCCCUCAACAUGAGAUCCUAUUUUACAAAUGAAGACCUCUUUACAAGAUCGCCCAGGCAUUAAUAAGGCGUAUAUGACCUCAAAACGUGCGAGACCAGGGAUGCUGGGAACGAAGACUUUAGUGACUUUUUCUCGCCCGAUGAGAAUUCAUUUUAGAAACAAAUUUUGACUUGUCCAGAUUAUUUUUCGAAACGCAUCUCAGAAGAUCAGUGCAGUCGUCAAUUGUCCAGUUUUUCUAAUACCUCUUUUCCCCUUACUAUCGUUGUCGCUAAUUCCUAUUUCUAAAUCUGUUUAAAGACACUUAUAAAAACGUAGAUGCAAAAAUAUUCCCGGAGGUUGCAAAAUUGACUGAAACAGUGAAAGAUCUUCGUAUGAAUGUUCUCCUGAUUUGCUCAUUUAUCUUUACUGUGCACAUUUAUUCAUUUCUUUCCCCAUUCAGCACUUUGCUCAUUGUUCAAUAAAAUUAGCAUGCUUAAUUCAGUUGGGAACUUUUUGAAAAGGCUUUCAACGUAGAAAAUGGAAAUCAUUCGCGUGAAGAGCUUCCGGUUGCAUUCGCAGUGAAAAGGUACCAAUUCAUGAGCAAGUGAUGCUCGGAAACACAAGCAGGUUUGCGAUCUCCUCAGUAUAUCAAAAAACCGAGAGGAAGACCUUUCACUUUGAAAUUUUCUAAAAUGUGGAGGGGUUUUUGGAGCUUUACGACAAAACGCCUGUGAAAACGCCUGCUUCGCCCCAUAAUUCCGACCUCCACCUCUCGAUAUAUAUAUAAUAUUUAGUUCAACGAGAGGACUUUUAAGCUGACUGACAAUAGGGGCACUGCGUUGGGUAAAGGAGUAACUACACUACUCUAAGAUUGAAAAGAUCCUAUGCAGUGCGUGACCUAUCUCAUGAAAUGUUGGCUGAAAUUCUGAAAUGCGUUUUCGAUUAGGAAGGAUUACUUGGUCGCGGUUGUGAUACUGAUUAUCUUAAGGCAUAACCUUAUAACAUUCUAGACUCGGCAGGAUGUCGGCUUUUAAAUGCACUUCUUUUAAAUCUCCUGCAGAAAGCGUGCUCGGUAAAAAAAAAUGACUACUUAAGUAGCAUGCAUUUUUCCCAUUGAUUUUCGAUGGUCUUUGAAAUUCAAAUAUAUUUUAUAGAAACCAUAAAAAAUAUGCUUUCUUUUAAUCAAUCAAUAGAGAAUCACGUCUUCUUUAUAUUUUAUACUUAAGAACGGAGUAUAAUUAGGUUUUAAAAAAGUUUUCUAAUUGCCGAAAAAUUUGGAGCCUGAUCAUUCGUUGCAUUAGCGCUUAGUGAUUACACUCUACAAGGUGCAUGCGUUCCGCGUAAAAAAAUCCCAUAAUUUUUCUCUGUCAUUAAAGAGAUAUCAUACAGGGUCCAUAAAAUUUUGCAAUAGAUGCGGACCAUGUACAUUUCAUGAGCAGCAAUGGUAAACGGCCAGGUACGAUGCUAUGUGAAUGGACAUAUCCCGGUCUUAAAAAGUCUGAUAGUUAGAAACUUUUUAAAAACCUAAUUAUACUCCUUUCUUAAGUAUAAAAUAUAAAGGAGACAUGAUUAUCUAUUGAUUGACUAAAAGAAAGCAUAUUUUUGUUUAUGGUUUCUAUAAAAUAUAUUUAAAUUUCCAAGACCAUCGAAAAUCAAUGGGGAAAAUGCAUGCUACUUAAGUAGUCAUUUUUUUUACCGAGCACGCUUUCUGCAGGAGAUUUAAAAGAAGUGCAUUUAAAAGCCGACAUCCUGCCGAGUCUAGAAUGUUAUAAGGUUAUGCCUUAAGAUAAUCAGUAUCACAACCGCGACCAAGUAAUCCUUCCUAAUCGAAAACGCAUUUCAGAAUUUCAGCCAACAUUUCAUGAGAUAGGUCACGCACCGUAUGUGCAGGACCUUUUUACAGAGGCCGAGGCUAGAGAAGUUCCCAUGCGCUGGCAUCAUGGAGAGAAAGAUACGCGUCAGGGUGAAUUCACAGUGAUGAGGGCUUUACGGGUCAAGCAGAAGCACCUAGGACAUCUGCCAUCUUUUUAUACGCAGAUACGCGAAGUAAGAACGCCUUGAUUCCCCCCUUGUCAAGAUAUGUUUUUUAAAGACAGGACUUGCUAAGUGGUAAGGAGUGCAAAUGUCUAUUCAGAGCCUGAAAAUGAAAAAAAGAAGAUAAGAUUGAUCCCCAACGAACCUAUUCAUUGUUUAGAUUUCAAAUGAAACUGUUCUAUCUGUACUUUCUAAUACCAUCUGUUUAGAGAAGCGACUGAUUGUCAAACAAUUCAGAACAUCUCACCAAACUACAAACUUUAUUGAAUAGUGUCGUAUUAUCCAAAUAUAUACUCAAUAAAUAUAAGUGUACUCUGGGCAUUAGAUCGACAAAGUAACAAAAUGCGUGUAAAGCAGAAUAAGACAAAGACAUAGAAUUAAAUUAAAUUGGAUCAAGAUCUAAACUACUUGUUUAAUUCUGCAAUGAAACACAGAAGGCUUAUUAGCUAGGGGGAGCAACUAAACGUUUUCACCAUCCAACAUAAGUAGACAGUCUAUAUCCAUAAAUGUAUUCGGAAUGCAAUAUGAAUUGCCGUCCGCCUGAUGUUUUAACCUUAGUUUUAACUCGGAUUACUUAAUAUAUGCCAAAACUAAUUCUUAAUACUGAUCAAUCAGGUUGCCAUUUUUAACAGAAUACACGUAGUCAAGGUCCGAGCAAAGUACACUAAAGAUCAUUCAGUCAUUACCGAAGUCUAUAUAUAUAUAUAUUUUAGUCAUCGGAUUGGUUGAAUUUUAAAAAUUGGAUCCACCUCGACGCUGCCGACCUGAAACAUGGCUCGAGAACACAACUGCCAGUUGGGGCUUCAGAUAAGCCUAGGGAAAGUUACUGUUAUAUAUGAUAAGCCACCGCACACAAAGUGACAAGGAAUAAAGCCAAAAGGUCAGGUGGUCAGUGUCUUUGCUAUCUUGAUGGGAGUUCAGUGACAUCUUAUCCUGGGAUUUUUAUGCAAAUAGCCAACGCCAGCCAGUUAAUGAGAAGAGACCAGCCGUCCUAGUCUCCCAUGUGUUCCUAUGUACUUUUUUCCGAAUAUUUUGCUUCGAUGCUGUUUAAAAAUAUAUUUGAGAAAUACCCGUUAAAUAUGUAUUCGAAUAUUUCGGGGUAUUACGUUUUGAAUGAAGCAAUUCAGUCUUUAUUUACCCAGUACGUUUUGAGCGAUACUUUGCGUUUUUAGGAAUUAAGUCUCUGAUCGGCGAGAAACGAACAGAAAAAUUAAUGCCUUUGCUUUUUUCAGAAAAUUGCCCUUUCAACCUGUGUUUGGCGAGGUUGGGUUCUGCAGCCCAACAUGAUUGAUACCAAUUGGUCAGCUUACUCAAACAAUAUUACUCAUCUUACCCAACUUAGCCACGCGCUAGAUUAGGAAGGGAAAGAGAGCGCAGGCAGAGCUUGAAGCACGCGCAGGGAAGCGAAUGGAGGUGGCGUGUGAACACUCUCCCCUGACACAGUCACUCACUGGAUUAAGAGGAUAUGGGAGAGAGUUAGAAAGAGAGAGACAGAAAGGAAUUCACUUUAUAUUGCAAUCAUAAAUUCACAAUUUCAGCAAAAAUGGGCUCCAUUCACUAUGAACAGCAAAUAGGUUAAUGGAUUACUACAGAGUCAGACUUUAACAGAAAAGGAACGAUUAUUAUGGGGGCAGUUUAAGUCUUAACUUCCGUAAUUCCAUUUCUUGGACAGCGUGCCAGGAAUGGCAAUACAGAAUCUCAAAAUGCCGAUGUGCGACAAGAGAUAAGUCGGAAGCCGCGAAGUAGCGGGUGGGAAGACCUUGCAGAAAUAAGAUGAGAAUGCAAAGGAUGGGCAACUUCCUCUAGAAAUCGACCAGCAAAUUGCUUGACAGCAGUGAAAUGUCGUUGUAGAAUAAUAUUGACUAAAAGGAGAUAAGGAACACCAACGGCAGAAGAGAGCAUUCGGAGGACUCGUUUUAAAAUUAAGAGAUCUUUUUGAGUAAAGCAGGAAAAAAUGUCAAGAGGAAAAUAGAGGAUAAGAGGAAGAAUGCAGGCGUAUAUGAAUCGUCAAAAUAAGGGCUGGGGUAUGUGGUAGGAACGUAGACCGCGAGUGAAAUAAAGACGUUUGCGAACUUUAGUAAGUAGGGGCUCAAUAUGGAGGGAAAAAGAAAGGUUUGAUGACAAAGUUGCACCAAUGCACCUGAAAGAGGAUGCCGCGUUGGGAAGGACGUAAAAAUAUUCCGGAAUAGGAAAGGAUCGCAGUCGGAAAAUAUACUGAAAUGAUUUUUUGAUUGUUUAUUAGGAGACCAUUUUCCUCCGACCAAACUAGGACAUGGUUAAGACCAUCCCUUCGAGACUGGAGGUGUGUCUGACUCUUGAGAGGGUGUCCAAAAACCACAUCAUUAUCGUACUUAACCAAAAGGCAGUCGAUAUGGGAUCUUAGAUUGUCAGUGUGGAGGGGGAAAAGGUGAGGGUAUAGAACGGAAUCUUGAAGACCUCCGCAGUCAUCGGGAAGGACCGUAGAUUUCCGCUUGCCAGAUUGGACACAUUGAGUGCGGGAAGUAAAUAAUCGCUAAGCCAAGAGAUGACCCAGCCUGGAGAGCCGCACGCGAGUGUUUUGGUCGGGAAAAGAGGGCGCAGAGAUUAGUCAAGCGAAGUACAUGCGCACUCGCGGUAACCCUUAUCUAAUUCUUUUAGGGCAGUGUGGACCACAAGAGCAACAGAAUCCGAAGUAUUACGCCUGGCUUUAUAUGCAAAUUGUAGAGGAUAUGAAAACUGGAAUAGCAUGGCUUUAUAAUAUCUAGGGCAACUGUUUAAGCAAGCUUUAGAAGUGUGGAAGAGCAGGUAAUUGGACGAAAAUAUUGAGGGCCAAAAUUGGCGGAUUUUCAUGGAUGGGAGUGAUUCUCAUUGUACAUCAGGCGUCAAAAAUCUUGGGCUCCAUGAAAGACAUGUGGACAGCAUGCGUUAAAAUGGGAGCUAUCUGAGAUCAACAAGAUUUAAGGAGAAAAGGUGAGGUACCAUCCGGUCCGACAGCUGCUGAUCCACGGACCAUUUCAAAGUGUUUCUCUACUGUUUCCACAGACACGGGUUGAAAGUCACAUGGUGAUAGGGGAAUGCUAUCUGAUGGAAGAUGGGAGUCAUUGUGACUAAAGAUGAAAUUUUUGUUUAAGGAGUCUAAAUCAGGAUCCACAUGUACAAGUGUGCUACGAUGGCCAGUAAGACGCUUAGGAUUCUUUCAAAUUCCAGUUGAGAAAGGGAGAAAAAGGGGAUGAAGAAGAUGUUAAAGCUGAUUAACAAACAGGUCAUUUAGCCUGGCAAUCUCUGCUUUUGUAAAGAUGGUAACGUACUUAAGCCUGUCACGUAAGCCUAGCUUGUGAAGGAUUUCUUUUUCGCCUUAAAAAUUGACAUAGGGAGAAGGAAUUCUGUCCGGUCGUACCAUAACGGUAUCAACAGGACAGCAAAUAUCAAAAAUUUCAUUUAAAACCGCUGUUUUGUUGGAAGAACAUGUUUUAGCAUUCAAUUAUUUAAGGAAAUCAGGAAUAUUAUAAGAUAUGCAAGUCUAAAGCAGGCAAAGUUUUUUGUGCGGACGUGUUGCGAACCUCCAACUUUCUCUCGGGCUUGGCCAACAGUGCAUGGUAAGAGAUGGAAUAGAUUUUUGGAAGAUCCAACAAAGUGCAAAUGAUCAGAACUCGGCAACGGAGCCCUAUGUUUAAUACAAAAAGCUUGAUGUGGUUGGUCACAAUGUGAUCAAGAAGGGCAUCCGCGCGAGUAUGGAAGGAGACAAGACCAUCAAAAACUAAAAGUAUGACGCAACGUGAAUUCAUGCGAGUAAAGUCACCGCAUAAGGGAAUAAGGUAUUCGCGGCACAAUAAAGCAGGGUUUUGUGAAAUAAUGUCGACAAAAUGGGCUAGAGCACCUUCACAUUGAGAGGGAGAAUGUAAAUACUAACAAAUAUAAUGUCUUUAAUAGUACUCAACAAACGUGGACUGUAUAGAACAACGAUGACGUCUAUCAAACCAGCAGAGAAAGAAAAUACGGACUUGCAUGCUCUACACCAAUUUUAUUAACAAAAACAGUAAUGCCUCCACCUCUGCCAAAUGAUAGAGAUUUUCUAUCCGUUCGAAAGCAUCAGAAAGACGGAGGAGUAAAUAGUUGCUUAUCAGUGUCAUUAUUUAACCACGUCUCUUGAAGACAAAUCACUUUAGUUCUAUCGUCUUCUUAUUUCGACCAAAGUAGCACCAAAUCGUGAGCUCUAUUUGAAGACCGACCGACAGUUUGUCGACAAGAAGCCUAGAAUUGUCAAUUUGUUCUUUGGCUGACGCUUAAAUGCGAGCUGUCAAACGCACCGGUGUUUUUUGCGAUUCAUAGGCUUUUGUUGACGCAAAUUUAAUAAAUUUAUCGCAGAGCGGUCACAAAUACAACAUAUUGGCCGAAAAUUGCAAUCACAACUGGAAGGUCCCUGAGGGUACCGUGUAGUAAUUCGCAAUGCAUGGCCAUUGUGAUGGAACCGAUGGAAUUGCAUACCGUCUAGACAAUUCCAUUAGCAAGUUUACUUGGCCACUCGCUGGAUGAGGAUUAUAAAGAGAGUGCAAACAGGACUCGAAGUGUGUAAAGUGAUAUGUGAAGUAACCGAAGCUGGCGUGUGAGCACUCUUCCCCCGUGGCACAGUCACUUGCUGAAUUAAAAUGAUAAGUAAGAUGCAAAUACGUGAUAUUUGUAAAGUCAGCGUAUUCGCAUAUAUCGAAAUCAUUUUGGAAAGCUAACCGCAUGAUAUCACACAAGUGGGGCUGUAGAACCAAACCUCGUUCUACUUUUCACAUCGAUUUUAAGGCAGUCAAUGGUAACUCUGAGGUUUUCGUGGUUUUGCUUGGGAUUUGGGCAGUGUUCUGGAGGAUUAAGUCUCUGUCUCCAAAACUUAUUCUCCCUUUAGUAUACACCUGCAUGUUAGAUAUGCUGACUCGGAAAUAACCCUCUUGAGCAGGAAUUUCAUCGAUCAUGAUACAGGGUAUGUUUUUACUUUUGAGCCUUGAGACCCACUAUAGAUUACUCCCAAGUAUUUGCGUAGUGACUAGUAAGUACGCAGAAGGAGUAUUACUAAAGGCAAAGGAGACUGGGAUGGUCAUUUCGGGUCUAUCAGCUGUCAUCGGUCAGUCAUACCGACCCACAUGUAGCUUAGUGUUAUAGCGUUGGACUUAUACGUCCCCACUGCCUAACGCAUCCAUGUUCAAGUCCCAGUCCAUUAAAGCCUGACUUUGGGUAUGACUAGCAAACGACGGCCAGCAAGCCAGAAAUUGCCACCUUAAUCUUUCUUGUCUUUGCUGGUGCUACUUUCUUCCGGUUACUGGAUAAUGCACUUUUGGAAAUAUAUCGGAUUCAGCAGGUUCAAGUAACUCAGCCUAGUGAAGCAAGCAUUCCAUCAGGAAUUUAUGACAUCUAGAUGCUUGGCUAUGCCAGUGUGCAUUUGUAGCAUGUAUAAAAAGCACGAAGCUUUGGUCGAAUUACCCGCAUAUUAGUCCAAAUUAAGCGUCAUUACGUGGGACGUUAAUGUUGGAGUCGGGAUUUUACCCUCCUAUUUUGAUUCCUCACGUCACUUUGAUAAUCUUAUGCAAAUUAAUAUUGCCGUGGUAGCCGUACACCAUGUUUUAAGUCUUCUUUCGUCAUUCUAGGACUGAAAUCGUGUUCCUUGCAGUGGAUCUGCAAAAAAUAAUCUUCGGAUUUCAUCUUAGGGAGGAAAGAUUAUUAGCGCCGGAUAUAGAAGUAUACGCACUCACUUGGAUUUAAAAACACAAGACGAAGCUUCUUCAAUAGGGUAGUGUUCAUCACUCUCUUAUUAAAAAUUUAAAAGUAAACUUUGAUCGCCGGAAGUGUACUUUUGAGUCCUGUUGCAUCCUAUGCACACAACAAACUAGGGUUAGAUGACUGCCUACUUGUUUUAUUAAAGCAAUCACUGACCUAACUCACUGAACAUCACGUGUAGCUGUGUUCAUUAGUCUGAAUGCUUAGAAUACAGUCCGCACACAUGGGUCCUGCUUAAAUAUGGGUACGGCAAACAGGUAGUGGUCCAGAGGCACACAGAGGGGCCUUCGAGUGAGAGGGGAAUUUAAAUGGAUACACUGUAUCUGCGUAGUAAGUACAGCGGCCACCGUUAAUAACUAAUCAAAAGUAUGCAUAAUCGCUCAAUAAAUAUGCAUUUCAUCGUUUUCCUUUCACAGCUUGUGCGUAUCUUGCCUAAACCUGGACUGUCACUGUGGUUGUACAUCAUGCAGAGCGCAUAGAGAACAUUUGUGAAUUACUAAUGUUCACCUAUCUUUCGCCUGCACAAUGACCUAUAACGAUUAUUCCAUAGUUCUCAGUAGAAAUAAGAUAAAAGCCGGGAAGAUCAUUGUGCCUAAUGUCACUGCUUGCUUUAUGCAUUAAAAGGACAAACAUUUGAGCUAGAGAGACCGACGGCGAGUGAUAUGCUCUACUGCAUAAAUCUACUAUUUCGCAACGUUGCCUUCUGUACGAUUUCCCAUGCCUCAUUUUCGGGGAGGAAUUGGUUCGCAGGAUCUCUUAUUUUAGAGAACUCGUAUUUCUGUAUGCACAUACACAGCCUACGUUUUCAUGCUGGAUGAUAUAAAUUAAGAAGUUCAGUUAGGUUCUCUUUGUAAAAUGGGACAAAAUACGAUUCAGAAUUUUUAAAUCCACUCGCUCUCGAAACCGAAACAUGAGAUUAAAAUUAAGACUAUACCUUGUUUUGAAUUAAUUUUAGCUUUAGUCACUAGUGUAUUUUUCACCUGGGCCUUUUAAAUCCAAUGGAAUAAGUUUUUUCACAAGUAUGUAAAGUAAAUUUUUAGUUGAUUUUACAAUGAGGAUUAGGGUCAAAUAGCUGCUGAGAGAAAAAAUAGAGAUUGAGGUUGAGACUCGCUCCUUAACAAAGGUUUAUGACUAAUGUCUGGAUUUAGCCGGGAUCUGAACUCUCAGGUGGAUUUGAAAGAUAAAUUUUAUUUUUACUUCUGUGCAAAAUAAAAGUUAUUGUUUGCCACAAAACGUAUGCCAUGCAGCAUAAUCUUUUUUCGUGCCGAAAGCUAUUGUAAAAUAGGAAGUGAAGAAAAUUGAACACAGCAUUUCUGUCGCAGUUUUAUUCACUAGACUUCUCGUAAUAAGAGACAGCAGCAGAUAUUGUGGUGUCGCACACCAAUGGGACAGGUCAUCUGACACUGAAGAUUUGACUAUCCGAUAAAAAUGUGCCAUAAAAUUUGCAGCCGCCUUCUGUCUCAGUUUGCAUAAGAAGCGAAAGGGCAGCAAAUUUAUUCAGAUGUUCGGCGUAUGUUAGAAUCUACUUACAGCUUACGAGAAGGAGACUGGAGAAAAGCUGUUACUCUUUUGUUCUAUCGUCCAAAAACUAAUUUAAAUAUACGCCUAGUAAUUUUUUGGCGGAGUGAACUGGAAAGGCAAUUUUGUGCUAGACAACAGGCUGAGUGCAAAGCGAUACUAGGAAAGCAGUCCAUAAAUGACGCUGGGUUGUUCAAGAUAAAACAGUCUCCUGUAUAGAAUACGAAGAUGCAAUCACUGAACCAAGAAAUUUAUUGGCCUGAGUUUUCAAAUUCCCACUUGACACCAUCAUCAGAGGCAGUCGCAAAUAAAGGUCUCCUGUAUCGUGAUAUCUGCAUAUUUUUGAAAAGGUAAACGAAAAAGUUCCUCUAGCUGCCUUAUUUGCUUUUAAGCGAAUCCAGAUAUCUACUAACUGAACGCGACGCAAAACCAAAACCUUUGAAACAGCGUUGAUGCUACGAUUUCCUACAUAGCAUGGAAGGAUUGCCUAAAAGAAAAUUUUCAGGUGAUUGGUUGUUUACGGUUUUUGCCACAAGUCCAAACCAGCAGUGCUCAAAGCAAACUGUCGUUAUUGCUAUAGCUUUCUGAUUCGUGUACCACCUGCUUGCAGUCUCGGACGAUUUAAAUAUUUGUAGGAGGGUAAAUCGCGUCUGUGGUACAGACAACGCGUAAUAAUAUGACGAUCACGAACUCCGUAGCAGAGCAGUUAAAAGAGUCUACUUUUAAUUAAUAGUUUAAUACUUCAGCAGAUUAAACGAUUCCUCUGAACCUUUUAGUCCGGAAAGCUCUGGGGACUGAAAUACCUUCGUAAACCCAAAAACACUGCGACGUUUUCAGUGGUGACAUUUUAGCUUUUGAGGGACGAAAACAUCGUUUGUUGACGUUAUCCGAUAAGAUUAUGAACUCGUCCUGAAUGGCUUCAGUAGCAUCAUUUUGCAUUAAGUGCUGCAACAGCAGUGAGGCCGAAAAAUCUAGUUUAGCGUGCGAAAACCAUGCAUGCGAAUACCUUAACCUCACGUAGACGAAGUAUCUGAUAUGAGGUGCUUUAAAAUAUCGGUCUUUCAAAGUGUAUUCUUUACGUCCCCAAUAACCUUUAGCUGGAAUUCGCAGAGUCAAGUAAGGUGCAGUAAAAUCAGUUACUCAUUUCGCUUCGAAAAUUAACACAGAAUGGUUCGAGACUCUUGUUCGAAUUCCGAAUUACAAAAUGCGAAGAAGCCCUUUAUAAGCCGGGUUUUUCCGUCUAAUCUGCCGACAAUGGUUCGUGGGUAGUUCCCAGUGAACAGGUUACCAAAGCCAGAUGAAUAUGGGUUGCUAAACUCCAUGGCACAUCUUCCGUACAAAUACCUGCUUCAAACGACAGUCAAAUCUGCCUGUUAUACGAUUUUACCCAAUGCAUUCUGACUUAUCCAACGCGUUACUUUGUCAUCAGGCUGGUCACAGCACUUCACACCAAUCUUGCAUAACUUUGAACGAACCUGAUAGCAGCCCAGGGAAAGUUCUGAGUGUUUUUACCGAAAAGACAUUCAACCGGUCUGUCAACAAGAUUCUACUUUAAGCUUUGUUUGUCCUGACAUGUGGUUAGCUUAUUACUUUAUGACGAUGUUUGCCAAGCCGGAAAGUGCUGUUCUACUUAUCCACGUCUUUUCGGUGAAGCCUUUAUGUGUUACGCAUUUUACCUCGGAAGAAUACCCAGCGGUAUACCAUUCACGGAAUGACUGGUGUAUGGAUGAGGCGUGGACACAUGAUACAAUAAAAUUCCCCAUUCUGCAAGGUAGCGUUUAGUUAAGUUGCUUGUCUGUUUAUGUCAUCCGUUCUUCUUGUGACCGGUCCAAAGUUUUUGGAUCCGUGCUUCUCAACCGAGUAAUAAAUGAGCAAGAUUGUGGACGUCCACCUCAGUUUCCAUCUUUCUGUUCUUUUAAUUUAUCUGCAUCACUGUUGAAGCGCAAACUAUUUUCUACCAGACCCAGCGUCUAAAACACCCGACUUCACAGGCUCCGCCAACGACUAAUUAUUUCCUUAGUUUUGCUACUUGCACAUUUUAAGUAGCACUUUUAAGCGAUUCCAAUCUGCACAUUUGCCAAAAUCUUCGAAUGACCAUUUUCCGGCUGCAUGCAAAAUCCACGUUCUACAAAAAUGACUAUUUAAGUAGCAUGAAUUUUCUAAUUUUAUCCUCGAUGUCCUUAGAAAUUCAACUAUAUUUCGUAAAAAACAUAAAAUAUUUAUUCUUUCACUCAUUAGGUAAAACAUUACGUCCUCUUCCAAUUCUGUACUCGAAGAAAGGGUUGAUUCGGUUUCAAAAACUUUAUAUUUCCCGAAUAAUUUUAAAUACGACUUGCCGUUACACUUGAACUCAGGGUUUAUAAUCUACAAAUCGUAUAUUUCCCGCAUGCUGAAAACCAUGCCUCUCGACGCUGAAUCAAGAAGAGACCAUAUGGAGUUUAUAAAAUCUAGGAGGGCAUUAGAGCAAUAUUGUGGAUUAUACAAGCUACAUUAGUGAGUGCUGAGAUAAAAUAUUCUAUGAAGGGGCAUUUCACGGUAUUAAAGGUCUCAUUUUUUAAAAACCGAAUUGCACCGUUCCUUCCAGCAUAAAAUUGGAAAAAGACGUAAUGUUCUACAAAAUGAGUAAAAAUUUAUAUUUUAUGCAUGUUUUCCUCGAAAUUUCGUUGCAUUUUAAGGGCAUCAAAAAUCAAAAAAGAAAAUUCAUGCUAUUCAAGUAGUCCUUUUUAUAGAACGUGGUUUUUGCAUGCAACUGGAAAGAUGUUCGCUCGAAAGCCAGCUUCCCGGUGUAACUGAAUGAUUAUAGAAUUAUGCUGCAAAAUGAUUAAUUUCAAAACCCUACCUAAGUAAUCUUUUCAAAAUGAAACCGCAUUGCAGAAUUUCGUUUGAAAUUUCAUGAGCUAGCCCACCUACUGUAUAACAUUUUCUCGGUAUUUAUGCAGUUACUGUUAACAACUAUGGUAGAUAUACCCCGAAGAUAUCGCAUGUGAUUGAGAGUGAUGAAAAACUCAGUCUUCCCUAAAGCUCCAGCGGACACAAGUGGUUUGCUCUUUUUCUAACUUGGGAGGGUCCUGGUUUGACUAUUUUUGAAUAGACUGUCCCUUUUAUUUUAACUUUUUAGAGACCAGUCAACGUUAAGCACAUUUUCAUAUAUUAUGUCCAAUUCUAGUUUUGGAUUUUCUACCUUUUCAUAGACAUUUUCUACAUUCUAGAUUUUCACUUUAAAUUUUCCUAUAUUAAGUACAUCUCUUGCUGUAGAUUAUGGUAGAUCAAAAAAUGCCGUUCAUAUUUGUUUUUGUUUAAAUAUAUUUUGUUGUUCUUUUGGGUUUUAAAAGCUGUUAGUGCGACUUUACCCUAACCUUCAACCUCAAAAGUAUUGUCAAUACUUCUUAUGGGGCAAUUGUUCUGGAAGAUCAAAUUGCAUUUACGAGGAAAAUAAAAACGAAAAAUGCAAUGUUAACGGGUUCUCAAGGACGCUUAUCAUUAUUUAAAGGACUCUGUAUUAUCUAAUUCACGAAAUGGUUUAUGUAGUCCCUUUUCCCCUCGUCUGUGCGCCGCUUUGGUUUGUCUUUCGUAUGUCCGCAAGCUGGGUCACCGGAAUCAUGUAGGGCCUCGGCUUUGCCUCCUAAAACCAAUCAAAUUGGGCAUUUGAAAAUCAGUAGCGGGUUUGCUGUCGUUGGAAGCCCACCAGAAGACAUCAGUCAGUUAAAUUGGUCUUUGACGUCCUUCUGAAACACAGUCAUUGGUAGUUGAGUGCAAUUCUACUUCAAGGUCGCAGGAUUCCUGGGCUCUCGUGAUUGUAAAUUUUGUCCGAAAUUCACGUUUGAAACAAAUGUACUGUUUUGCCUCUGCUAGAAUGAAGCAGUUGUGUGGAUGCCUUAUUUGGUUGCAGUCUGCUGAAAGUAAGUCACUUAGCUGCUGAGGUUUGUCCCCUACUUACUCGGUGGGUUGCCAAGGCCUCCCGUGUCCCCUUGCCCUAACUCACUUUUAAUUAUUUCUUACUAAAUGACUCGUCUUUCGGCAGAAUCAUCAAUAAAGAAUCGGCAAAGGUUUCUUAUUUGAUCACCCACCCGGCAAGGCACGGGAGUAGAAACGUCCCGUAAUACAAGUGGCCUCGUACUAAAUUCCAGCGAAAUUAUUGCCAAAUUUAGGGUUUGGUCUGACGUUAUGUUUAAAGUUAGAAUUGUGUUUAGUGUAAAAGCAGGGUUAGGAAUAAAACUGUGGUUAACGCUAGGGUUAGCACACCGGCACUAGAUGUCCUUCCUUGAAUUUAACGCGAGGCCACCUAUAAUACAGUAGGGGGGGGGAGUUUUCCUAUUCCCUUGUCCUGCUGGAGGAGCUAUAUAAGAUAUAGUCAACAAAAAUCGACCAAUAAUGCGCCCUGGUCCGUUUUAUCUUACCAUGGCACUAGCAUAAUUAGGCCCUGAUAUAAGUGAAAAUAGACACUGGAGAUGUUUUAGUGGUGGUCGCAGUGCUAAGGUUCUCUUUACCACGUGAUUAAUGGUUAAGCGGAAGGGCCAUCAUUGUUGCUUGGCUCUCUGUCCUGCCUCAGCAACAAUCUCUUUUACUAUCGAACGUGAUGUCAAAUGGCCUCCUCGGGAUUUACAAUCUUCCACACGUCUUCCUUUCCGUCAUUACUUUCGACAAAAAUACGGGCUGCCUAAUCUCCCAUUCGCAACGGGCAGCAGCGGAGUUGUCUGAAGGGGGCAGCAUAAUCCUUGAACUUUGGAAAAGGAAGGGAAAAUAACAGACCUGCCGGCUAUUACGGAGUGAUGGGUGUCCGACGAAGAGGUAGAAGAAAAAGUCUAUGGUGCUGAUGAGGGGUAAGCGUGAGUGGGGGUGGCAGAUGCGAAUUCGGACACGCCUGUCAAGGUACACGUACAGGCGCUUGGACAAAAAUGACAGCACCGCUUGUUUGGACAGACGGCUGGAAAAGGCGUCGGUUUACCUAUGAUGACGGUGCCCCUCAUCCUAUGCAUCUGCGCACCUAACACAGUUUCUACGAGACUGGGCGGCGUAACGGCCACUCGCCUGUCAGUUCGUUGGGAUACCAUCAUCAUCUCCGGUUGCGCUGACCGGCAGCACACUAGUAACACGUCUGUAGGAUUAGCUCUGCGCAGUGGGUAACCUAGGGGGUGGCGGCUUCUGCUUGGAGGGAACUCUUUCUGAACACCUUAGUAUUUCUGCAUUAUAUUUUACUGUAUAUGCCAGGUGGAGGAAGAAGGUGAGGCAGGCACAACAAUAUGAACACGUUUUUUGCAAGAGAAAGGUUGAGCGUUUGACGAAAGGUCGUUUUGCCUAGACAAUCAGCUAAUAUUUUUAUAAAUGUGCGAGUUUCAUCAAUCUUUUAGACUGAAUCCUUGUUAACUGUUACGAUAACCGUGGGAGUAUUAAUUUACUGUCAACUGGUUUGGGCUCAGUUCAUGGAUACGUAUACUUGGACGUCGUACUAUCUGGAUAUCCGAUUUUUUUCAAAAUUUCUAUAGUUGUAAAAACACUGCUUCAUAACUUUCAGCCUCAUCGGCAUAUAUUUCUACAUAAAUUGAAAGAGUGUAUACUUGAAUUUUCUAUUUCUACCGAGAAAAACGAGAUGAAACACCAAAUUUAAAUGCUCGGGAAGUAAUCGUUUUGCUCCAUUUAAUAUUAUGCAGUUCUUAUUGGUGAAUUUAUUUCCGCUGAAAUCUAGAAAAACUGGAGGGCUUUGGAAAACCGUUUUUCUGGAUUUGGAGGCCUGAUUCUGUGUUUGGAAGUAAACUAGAGAGAAAGGCAAAUAGUCAUAUGUCCAGUCUGCCUGUUUAUGAUUAUACGGGGGAAAUUUCAUGGCGCAAUAUUCGAUAAUAAGAACAAGUAUCAUCCUGAAAAUGAACGUACACGCUCUGGUCUGGAGUUUUUUAGAUCAUUAUUAACAUGCGCAUAGCAAAAAAAUUACCGCGGUCCAGGAUCCUAACACUAAGGGUAGAACGUCCUAUCAGGAGCGAUUUAUUAAAAAACGAUUUUUUGCAAACGCAUUUUUAAAGCAUAAUACUGUUUGAAGAAUAAAUGUUGGCACCAAACCUGAUUCAAACUGGGUUCAGUUCUUCAAAAGGCUCUUUUUCGGACGAUAUUUAAAGUACACAGUCGCAUUCGGCAAACUAGAAAAUAUAACAGGAAUUUAUUUAAACGGCAUAAUACUAAAAACCGCUGCAACUGACAUAAGUCCCCCAAGCAGUCUGGUCAUUUUUAUUAAAGGAAAUCAGACACCUGUGUAUGGCAGUGCACGCUGUGAUGCAAACUUCCACAAGGCAGCUGGACCUGCCAUCGUUAAAAUAAACCCACAUCUGUUCGCUUUACACGAAGGGCUGGAGGAGUAAAGAAGGCUUUUGAAAUCAGGUUAGUUCGCAAAAAAUACUGUCCUAGAUCACGAGGGGUAGUCAAACUAACAAGAUACGUUGCUUAAUUACAUGUAAGAAUCCUUCGUCCCGGAUAAAGAUAAAUGUCUGUUUAUUCGAAAUUACAUACUAUUCAGGGUGUCAUCACUUGGGCGUUCUACGCAGUGUCGGGAGGACGAUGUUAAAACAGUUUGGGUGAAGGAAUUCUUUUUUGGAGAACUGUGGAGGCAUUCAAAUGUCUUGACUUCGAAAUGAUAGGGUUUCAAACUUCUGAGGUCACAUUGCUUUUUUCGACUGCUCUGUUCAAGGUGCAUAUCUCGACCUUCUGCUGAUGACAUGCGUUCGUUCAGCUAAACGCAAAACCCCAUGAUCGGAAAGUCGUUUCUUGAAAUAAUCUUAGACAUACAGACAUUAAGGAAACUGGAACCAGGCAGCUAACUGUAUUGUAAAGAAGAUGAAGACCCGUUCUCUGGGACAGAGAUCGGGUCUUCAUCUUCUUUACAACAAGAACCUGGGAUUCACAUAUUCGCAUCCAUCCGCUAACUGUAUUGUCCAAACUCAUUGAAUUAUCCCUUAUUUCAGUAAGUUUUGUCGACGCAUCAGUACUAACAUUUGAUCAAUGUUCCACCUUCAAACAAAAGGUUUGGGCAGCGAAACGUUGAUAUUACUUGGAAUUCUAAUCCGCGGCAGCUCACGUCAAGCAACCAUUGUAGAUACGAAGUUAAGCAUAUCUAUUGAAAUCUUCCUCCCUUUCUAACCUUGCAAACAGGAAUUUAUAUGCUAGGUAGGAUUCAAACUACGGACCAAAUUUUUUAGAUAUGUAAAUGCUUGUACUGAGCCUUACCUAAGAAUUCGAUUACGUGAAAGCUACGUAACUAGGUACGAAAGUUGGAAAUAUUGUUGUUGAAAGGAAGGGAAAAGAGUGAGACGACUUUUCCUAAUUGCAAAUCGAACAAUAAGUUAAUGUUUUGGCUAGCUAACAGUAAUGUGUUUUAAAGCGCUUGAUUACAAACGUCUGCACUGCGACCUAACCUUGGCUAAUGUACAGCCUUUUAUGCAUUAUGAAGUACAAAUAUUUGGCGAGCUCUGGUCCCGCAGUCCCACUUGAGUGAUAUCAUACGGUUAACUUUCAAAAACAUCUUGGUAGAUAUGAAUAUGCUGGCUCCACAGAUAUCACGUAUUUGCAUCUUGCUUAUCAAUUUAAUCCAUCGAGUGACUGUGUCACAGAGGGGGAGGAGUGCUUAUACGCCAACCGCCGUUACUUCAGAUAUCUCUUUUAACGCGCUCCCCCCUGCAUGCUUCGAGUCCUGCCUGCGCUCACUUUAUAAUCCUGAUCUUGCGAGUGGCCAAGUAGACUUGAUAAUGGAAUUGUUAAGACGGUGUGGAAUUCCAUCGGUCUUACCACAGUGGCCACGCACUGCGAAUUACCAAGCAGUACCCAUAUCAUCUUAAUCCAGUGCAUGGCUUUGUCGGGGAGGGAGUGUUUACACGCAACCUCCACUCACUUCCUCACGCGUGCUUCGAGAUCUGCUUGCGCUCUCUUUCCUUUCCUAGUGAAGCGAGAGGCUAAGCUUGGGAUGUUAAGUAAAAUUGUCUUAGUAAGCUAACCAUAUGGUAUCAAUCAAGUGGGACUGCAGAAUCAAACCACGCCAACUAUUUUUCUUCCAUGCUGGCUUUCGUCAAAUCCGUUUCACUCAGACCAUAAACGGACAGAAGCCACAGUGGCCUGCAAACUUGUCGACUACUUAAUAUGUAAGCCUCGCCCUCAGCAGGCUAUGCGAGCGUACCCACAGUAUAUUUACUCCUGAACUUGUUCACAAGCCUAGAUACCCCCAAGCACACUUAAAUGUCUGGACUAAAAUGAGCCCCCAUAAUCAUUCGAUGAUUUAGCGCGUCAACACAAACGACCGGAUCAUUUUUCUCCUAGAACAGGCCCUUUUAGUAUUAAAGAAAUCACCGAUCUCAUGUACAUAUUUCGCUAUACUACCUAUUUUGCAAGACGGUAUGAAAUAUACAAGAAAGUCCCUACGACGUAAAAACCGUCCAACCCGGACCGCAAAACUCCGUUAUUGGAAAAACUCCCGUUAUUCUAAUGAAGGAAAAGCUAAACUGAUAAAUAAAACGGUAGUGCCAAAAAUCAUGACUCUAACAAACGGGUAUACUACAUGUCCCUCAUUUAGGACUAAAUGAAACCGUAUAUAAAGAAAUGAGAUAAUCAGUGGAAGGGACAAAUUAAAAUAAAAAACAAAUGUCAGUACUUGCUCUGCUGUCCGUUUAUAUUUAGUAAAUUAUUCGACCGAUAGGCGCGGAACCGACCCAUGUUUUUAGGAGGCUUUCAUUUUCAUAGGUGCUAAGCACAAAAACAAGCCUCUGGUUGAGCCCUUAGCUAUUGUUUAAACCAAUUAGGUUCUCUCGUAACUGCUUUUAGAAGCACACCUCUUUUGAGCGGUGAUCAGAAGAGUGAACCUGAAAAAUUAUGACUUCAAUCCGGCACCAUUGGAAUUCAUUGAAACCAAAUUCGCCGACCAAGACUAUUUAGGCACUUUCUCAGCUAUAUAAAUUUGAAACAGGCAUGCACGGAAAGGUCUACUGGUAUCAACAAACUUCGCGACAGCUUAUCAACUGCAAUUCGUCGCAGCAUAAAACCUUUUCAGUAAAUUUUUUGUACGCACUAGAAUGUGAACUUCGCUCUUUUGCAUUGGGUUUUCUGCACAAAUUUAAAUUGCUGUACGGGUUGCAGUCGACUGGGUAUCGUGAAAGUUGCGACUGUAUACUUGUUGUUAAAAUUGAUCAAGAUGUUGACAAACUUCCUCGUGUUGAUGGCAUCCGUUACUGACAGCGGGAAUGACCACCCAUCGAGCCAGCAGCCAUCUAAACCUUCAGGCUUUGAUGGUGCUCUACAGUUGUAAUUUGUUCAGCGUGUUAUCGUGGGAAGUUCUUUUGACAUGCGACCAUCUAGGUCACAUUCGUAGGCUUUUCUAAAAAUAGGACAUCAUCACGUCAGUAAAUGCUUUUCUAUAAUGAAUCUGGCUAACCAGCUUACUUCUGGCAAAUAAAAUAUAUUUAACAAGUCUAGUACAUAAAAAGGGCUCGUCCUGACCUUCAUCAACAGAGAUGAAAUGCAUCGACUUUUAAUAGUUAUAUAAAGUCCUUUCAUUAAACGCUCCUAAAAGGUAUGUAACGAUCUGGUUUCCAGUUAAUUAAAUCAUUUUUUGUGUAUAUUAUUUUGGUUCGUCAUGCUUAUCUUCCGGUAUGCGUCUGCAAUGAAUAUUUCGCCACAGAACGAGCUUACUGAUAUUUAAAAUACUUGCUACCGUCUCAGGUGGCAUUUAUUUUACUGCCUUUUUUGUGUUCGCUCAGACUGGAGGACAAAAAAAUUGCCUUCCAAAAUUCAUCGUAUGUAAAAAAGAAAAAUGGCAGUAUUUUGCGGCAUCUUCUUAUAUAUGUGGUCACAUCUUGUAAUUUUCAUUUGUAAAGCAAACCAUUGCCAGGCAGACUGCCGGGUGAGCUCCUGGGAAGGGACCUCGUGGACCUUGCCAGCAGCUAAAGCAUUAAUAUUAUUCUUAAGCAAGCUAUUACACAGGAAGAAUUCGAGGAAAUGUUGCCAGCUCCAACCAACUGUAUGGACAGUUGCGCCUUCCAGUGGUCCUGUAGAACCAACUACACUGCCCUCCGGGGUCUGCGCCAUCCAAGUGCGUACGCGAACAGCGGGCGGCAUUGACAGACUGUAAGCUACGUCAUCCUCGCAAAGAUGGCUCAUUCCGGAUAUUGUGCAGAUCCCAACGAUUCCUUUUUAGUGAUUUACAAGCUUCCAUCGACCCAUGCAAAGCCACUGCUACAGCCUCUACUACCAAUAGCAGAUGCGACCACAAUCAGGUUAUGCAAGCCGGUCUGCAAUGCAAGGAAGUAAUUCGUGCAGAGCCCUCCGCAUGUAUCAUGCGUUAAAGUGAGUUAACCUGACACCUGCAUGCAGCAUUUUGCGUCUUUUUACCUUCCCUCCGCUCACUGCACAUACUUACCUGGCUAUAUGAUACCUACUACCUCUAAUUUUUAUUCCAUACCCUUCAACCCCAUUUGCAUAAAACGACGAACACAAUUAUUUUUUUUAAUUACCAAAAUGUUCUAAUCGAUUCCAUCAUAAACCGGUUUGAUGAAUUUUUAUCGGAAGCAGACGUAGAUUCACCAACUGGUUUUCUGAAUUAUUACCAGUCAACUACUUUUUCAACCCUUAUUAGGCUCUCUACAGUAGACAUGAAAAUCGAGGAUGUUCAAAAAAACACUGUGGUUGUUGACAAAUGUCAUUUUUCAUACCUAGCCGCAUCCCAUUUUCGCGGAUGAUAAUUCGCUUUUUUAACUAGAGCGGCACUUCCCAGCAUAAUGCAUGAAAAUUCGCGGCCUUUGGAUGCUCAUAGAACAUACCCUGGCUAUAAAAAACUGAUUAUUUUAGACCCAAAUACCCUGAUUAUCUUUCAUAAAACACUGACAGAUUUAUGCAAUUCAAACAGCUACCGAAUUCUUAUGUAGUUGAAUCUAUGGAUUAGAUGCGCAAAGUAGGUUAGCGCAUAACUCGGUCCGAGUGUUAAAAACCCAAAGUCUCACACUUCAGGGGUUGACGCGUUUGCUGUGCUAAAGCCUUGCCUCUUCGUCCGCUGGUUCGAAUCCGGCCGAGUUUGCUGACUGUUUCGUUAUCGGGUUGCCGGUUGGAAAAUAUAAAUGCAUGAUCUAUUUUUUUUCGAAGAAAAGUAUUUUAUGACUUGCAUGGGCCUUAUAAAUAGAAAACAAUAACAAUUCACUUACUCCCUGCUAAUCAUUCAACAGUUCAUGAGUCCCUCCAUCUGUUUGUUUUCUCUCCAUCCACAAUUUAUAUUCAAGUCAAGUGAAUUGUUAACUGAGCAUUUUAGAUCUUUGAGCGAUGUGGGAAGAGUUUGAGAGUUCGAGCUAUAGGAUGCAUAUACGUCUGUUAGGGGAGCACUUAUUUUUGCGGUUCUAAGUCAACUUACUGGUGUUGACUGUUAGCUAGAGGUUGUUACUAUAUUUUGGACAGAAGAUAUAGCUGUGUUCCUACAAUGGGUCGGGCAGGAGAGGCGCUGGAACAACGCGGGGGCUGGAUAAAAACGCCACACGAACCAUUCGGUUAGAGUGCCCAUAACGAAUGCCACACAUGAAUGUAUGGUGGCGAGCCUCGAUGCAACUCGCGCCGCGCCAACUACCUACAUCCGAUCCCCAUAUCUGAUAACUGAUUGACUCGGACGAUGGACUAGGGCUAGUGACAUGGAAGAGAAGUUGAGGUAAUCUCCAGGGCCUGCAGCCCCAUGGCAAUCAGAACAUAUUCCUCACCGCAAACAGUCUGACGCACUUUUAUACAAUCUCUGUGCGCUCAGAGUCGUGUUUCGGAAGAUUGUAAACUGGCGGCGCAACCCGGUCCCCUCUCAGGACGGUCAACAUGGCUCACUCUUUAUGUGGCGUCUAUGGCACUCCAACUCAGUUGGGAUCCGAGCCGCCCCCCUUCUUGUUUGUGGGAAAACCUCGUUCUUCGUGUUCAGACCAGGCGUGCUUGGCACAUGUAGCCUAGCGGUUUGGACUCAUCAGUCACGAAAUGCGAUCUCGCCUCCAGUUUUUUUGACUGUUUUGGCACCGAGCUCAGAUGGUUAAGGGAGAAGAAAGUGCGGCAGAUGCUGCACAAGUCACCUUCUCUGUGCCUAUCCUGCUGUGGGACACCCGUUAGUCAUUGUUGUUUUUGACAGUCGAGUUGUCCUUACUAUAUUUUGGACAAAGAAGUCUUCUGGCCAUCCAUCGGGCCCAAUCAAAAGACACGGAAGGUAAUCCUGUUGUCGCAAGUUCCUGUUACUUUAGGUAAAAUUUAGCAUCUCUCAUCCAUGAUUAGUUUCACGGAAGUCAGGAAAUACACAAUUAAAAAGGGUGUUAGAACUUCAAAAGUAAGUUAGCAGGUCGUUAAGUCCCUCAAAGCAGAUAGGGUGCAGAAAGGCUUUAUUUCAGCUUGUAGUUCACAUAGAGGUUAUCUUUUCAAGUGUAUGAAAUCGGUGUAAGUUUGCCAGCAUUGCCAAAAUGGAAGAAGAAGAGGAUCACAUCAAAUGUUCGCUCUUCACGCUCAGCAGUAGUAUAUUAAAGACGGUCUAUGAUGUGGUCAACGAGCCUAUAGUAAAGAGAAUACCAUGAUUGAGCACGGAAAGCACACUAUAUUAGUCGUAUUUAACGUCCCAUUGCCAUCUGGAAUCCUGAAAAUCAAUACUCUGCAACUGUUCACAGGAAUUGUGGUACUUUCGACAGACUUAUGCAUCUGUCUUCAUAACUUUACGAAAAAUACCCAGCACUGAGCAUGCAACCAGCUGGCUAAUGGGCAUAUCGCGUGAAAGUAUCCCUUGCCAGGGGGUGACUUAAGGACGGAGUACGAUGUCCUGUUUUGCGCUAACUCCAUGGUCUACGAAGCUGACAGUCCGUCGCAUAGCGACGGACAAUCGUUAAUUUGGGCAUAUUGUCCCCAAGGGUAAGGAAAACCGAAAAGACAUUUCUAGCCUGUUUACGUCUGUCAACAAACUGUACCCAUUUUGUCAAUGACACCAAAACCAAAGUCGUCAGAGCAGCAGGGACAGUUUUACUCUGCUGACCUUGGCCUUAUGAUCUUGGCAAAAAUAUGGUACUGUACUGUGUCGAAUAGCUUAAACGACUGGACAGAAAAGAGCAUAGAAUGUCCACACAUCCCUCCCUGGUCGUGAACUAGAAGUUCAUUACAUGUUCACUCAAAGUGCGGGACGGAAUCAGGGAAUUGGACUUAUUUUUAGGUCACAAAAUAGCUUUCUGUUCGAAAUUUUUUUAUAUUGACCCACUUGUCCACUUGGCUGAUUUUACUAUUCAGUUACAGGCUUUUACACAUACAUCAGGCUCCUCAAGUUUUUUAUCCUCAAGGCGACGCUUACCUUUUUUCCAUGCGAAGCCGGUCACUUGCCAAAAUGCUAAAGGGCUUUACGGCAGGUCAAUUUGUUUUUGCAUACACCGUAUUCCUAAUUAAGUUUUAGCUGGUGAAAUAUGUCCGUGCUCCAAUUUGUCCCAAGCAAUCUAUCAAUGGUGAAUGUCAACAAGUUCCCCGCCUGAUUGACGGCUUUGAACUACACGUCACAACAAUUCAGGCAUUAUUGUGGACUGCGGUUCCCACGGGGCGAGUUACUCGCUGACCUCAACCAAUAACAGUAUAACUACCCCACAAUCAUGACCCUUCGUGCAACAGACAAAAGAAAGCGCUACCUAUGUAUUCAGCGGUUUCUGGACUGCAUUUAAGAAAAUAGGACAAAGGAGUGGAGAACCUGAUGGACAGCUAUUGAGACCCGUCGAACCGUCAGUUGUGUGCGAGUGGUGAGUCAGACGUCAGCCCGGGGUUGUCGUCACCUUCCUCCCCCGACUGUAGAGAAGCUGCACGAAGCAAACUCCUGCACCGAUGUCCAGACGGAUAAAAAAACUGUGGUAGGCGUAGGAGGUGUUAUGGGAGGCACGAGACAUUUCGAGGCUUUUGAAAAAAGUAGCCUUCACACUCCAGAUGGCAAACAACGGCGAUUCAGUUAGCCCUUACCCUCCCCCACUCUGCUAGGGUGGACGUGGACGGUGUGACGGGUGUGUAAACGUCAGCCGUCAUUAGUCUCAUGCAGGUCAGUGUUCAUCAGCGCCUCUCAUUUUGAACACUAGAUAAUUCCACCAUAGAGAACGACUAGGUUCGCAAAUGCCCAGCAAGGAGGGUCCACAGCAUUGUGUGCCGUUUUUCAUGCGUACAUUGAAGCAGACGUGCGCUGCACCUACCUCGCUCCCUCUUCCACACCCGCUGACUUUCAAGGGUAAAACGAAACCGAGACAAUGGGCAGUGGGUGUGGACAGAGUUACUGCCAAAGCCUUCUUUUGCCACACACACACACACACGACAGUUCGACCAUCGAUUUCGAUGAUGUCCACCGUUUGCCCCACAAACUCCAUUGUGGGAGCAGGAACGGUGACUUACGCAGGGGUUUAUAGUGCCAGUAGACUUGCGUAGCAUCUACCUACACUCUCUCCUCCUCCCCCGCCUGAGCCCGGUGUCAAGACAGAGUCAAGAAGACCGGAGACGAGGGAGGCCGCAGGUGAAUGGCUCGGACGGAUCCUCGCCUUGGUCCCACUCUGUCCCCCUCUUCAAUACACCACAUAACUGCCUAAGACUGUCAACUAGCUGAUGAUAAGAUUGAGUGGUGUAACCGACUUGGCGUGCAAGCCCUCGCCCACGCGUACCACAUGUGUGCUUGUUCGCUAACACACGGGAGGGAGGUGUUCACUCGGUCUGUCUUUGCGUCCAUUAUGAUGGCGCUGGCUGACCGUAUCGCAUGACUGUUGCAUGAGUUACUUGUGAAGUGGCGCUGAUUGCUAGUGAGCAUGGGCGUGACCGAGUGGGCCCAUGUGUACCCUCAACAUACUUUGUAUGAGCAGAUAAAGAACUUUUUCAAGAAGGUUUGGGUUUUGCUACUUUACCGUGGGUAUCCGUUGAUGCGUAUUUGAUCGAAUAGACAUACGCAAAAUCUUGUUGUCAUUUGGGCAGUGUGCGCAGAUAAGGCGUACGUGACGGUUGUAUUGCCAGACUCCACAAAUUGGUCCAUCGGUCGCAUUGCGAUGGCUAAGGCCGAUUAUGUGGUUUGAGUUUACGGUCAGAAUUAGAGCGAGUUGGAGUUGUAUUUUCAUUGCUGAUGGAAGUAUGGAUUGGUAGCCUUUAUACUCUGGUAGAAAAUGAGUCUUUAUUUGUGAUGCUAGUGAUGCUGUGUGAUGUGGGAAGUGCGUUUGCCAAUUUGACACUGUAUCGGGUUCGAAGGUGCUCAUUAAGAUCCGUCCGUGCCCGUAAUGUCCGUUGACAUUGUGGACACGACGGUAGGCUCAGGGAGCUUUCACUGUUGACUCACAGCAUUUGCAACUUGCGAACUUCCCUUUUCGCCCUGGCCGCCGCUAGUUGGUGUUUCUCGGCGAUGUCUGUUGCAGUCCUUAUGACAGUGCACUACACCUGCCGGAGACGGGUUCGAUCGCAGUGUCUGACGAAGUUAGAUACUUCACGCACACUUGUGACACGCCACAUGUUCCUUACUACAUGAAUCAGGCUUCGGUAAGUGCGAUUCGGAUCCCACAUGCGUAAAAGUGCCAUAAAGGCCACAGUGAGACGGAGCGGCUGCCGAAUGAUUCUCAGUCAUCCAGUUACUCCUAAAUGUGUCCAUGAGAACCUCUUUAUCCCGUAAUCUGACAGUCAUCCAAUCCCCGACUCUCAGCGCGUCGCGGUAGAUCCAAAAACGUCAGAUUCACAUUAAUGAGGACUGCGCUGAUUUGCGCAUGUGGACGGUUGCGCAACUUCCUGUCUUUUCCCGUACGCUGGGCCGGGAGCUAACGUCACCCGCGCUUCUGAAUGCCGAUAAGGCACAGGCCGUCUAACGAGGCCAAAACCAAGCGGUCCCAUCCACGUACGGCUUAGGCCGACGUUGAUAACAAUCAGGAUGCUAUCGUGUUGAUGUCUGAUCUCUAAAAGAGGAAAGAUUUGACGCAUAGAGAUGGUCGGCAUUAGAUUCCUCCGUAGUACGAACGGCUAACGGGCAACAGUUUUCUGAAGGGGUUCUGCAGACCUCUGUUUACCAGCGGAUAGUUUUUCUGUCACUGGCUGUAAUAUACUCUGCGAAAUCGAACUGUCCUGAAAAUUGUGGAAAGCAAACAGAUGUAUAAACGGCUCCAGUCUAAUUUUCUGAGGUUGUUUGCAGUUGUCAUGAAUAAAUAACUGUAAUUCAUUCGUAGAGUGUGGUGCUAAGUUCUACUUUGUUGUGCUGACUGCAGCACAUAGCCUACCGAAAAAAAUAAAAUAAAAAUUGGCAACGCCAAAUGAAUGCUCGUACUUUUGACUAUGGAACAAUGAAAAUCAUAAUGCCUGAGACGUAGCUUGGAAUGCUGAUUUGAACUGUCGUUCUUUUUGUAAGUUCAAGUUUUGUAACCAUUGGGGAGUCCAACGGCGUUCAUCUAUCCCUCCCUUAAUAAGACAGAACUGAACUGAAAUAUGCUACACUGGUAGGAACUCGGCAGCCCGAAUCAUACCGUCUGCGACUGGCAGGAUGUUGAACUUGUCAAUACAACUGGCGAAAAAUGUCGCUCCAAGAGUUUUAAGAAGGCACAUUAUUUGCACAGUCUCGGGGAUUAAUUAAAGUGUUAUCUUGACUCAGAUUCCGAAAACGAACGUCGAUGAAAGCGCGGACGGCUCUGGCAGUCCUCAGAAAGUGAAGUCCUCUUUGAUUCCUCCAGCUGAGUCUAAAUUUUUGUAGGGGAGUGGAAUAGUUAUCUUGGCAAUUGUGACCACAAGAGCCAACAUAAGUUCGGGAUUGGCAAUCCGUGUGACAAUGCCGACCAAAGUCUCAACAUGCUUGCAGGUAACCAAAGAAACAUCUGUUCAGUUGCCCAGACGUCCGAGAACGGUUUUAGUUAACCGCAUUCUUGUAAAUGGACGGAGCUGAGCUUAAAGCCAUACCUACGAUUGUGUGCGUAAGACUUUAGGCGAACGAUCUCGCGUCCGGUCUUUUUGAUGCUCUCGGCACCGAGCUUAGGUGGUUGAAGAGAAAAAAGUGCAGUGGAUGUCACGCAAGACUUCUAUCACUAUAAACUAACUCACUUGCAAGUUAUUGUCCCUGCGUCCCACCCUGUUGUGAUGCGCACGAUGGACAUCGCCGGUAACGACGGUAGGAAAUGCCCACAUGUAUAUCUGAAGGAAAUCUAGAAGGUCAUUCCGCUUAAAAAGGUAGGCAUUCACAGAUUCCGAAAUAUCACAACAAUCGGACGUUAACGCAUCUAUACUAAUAACUGUUUUGUCCCUCUGAAAGCGAAUGAUAUAAGGUUGUGCGCUGUGGAGGAAGACUGGGUCACAUGUUUUUCGUUAGCGAUAUGAAUGCUUUAUUCAAGAACAGAACAUUUCGAACUCUGAUGUUCAGGCUAUUCAGUUUAUCACGCAUCAUUCUUGGGGGGAAACCCCGACGUCAGGCAAAUGGAAUUAUUUUAGCUUUUAUUUUAGACUUCGUUUCAGGACAGUCAAGAAGGCAGUCAGUUAGUCGAUCAAAACAAAAACAGGCGCACCUUUUAUCUGGCCGAGUGACAAGUUCCUGCACAGGUAAAGCCCAUUGUCAAGAUGGUCAUAGGGCUAUCCAUGGACGUUGUCUGUGAAAUCUUUGCGAUCGAGCAAGCCCCCCAUUGUCGAAGGUCCAGAAGUAACCCGGCACCUCCGUGUCUUUGAAGGGAGGGCCUGCAGCUGGCCCUCGGUAAAAACGUUCUGACGAUAAUUUCGAGUGGCUAACGAAGAUACUUCAGCUCCUAUGACGUACAAAGUCCUACCCAAAAGACGUGGGUAGUGCAAUUCGGUAAGGUUUGAGCAUAUGCGUGGGGUAAGGGAAGACUAUGGAGAACUGCUUACAAUAUUUUAAGUAGUGGAUGUAGUUCGGUAGUUCUUGGUCGUCCCUUCGUCGGCAGGAUGACAGUCUCUGACCUGUACCGCCCCGGAGAUUCGGUGCUGCUGAAAUGUCCACAUUGACUCACUGUUUUGCAUCCCCCCACACACAAAAUUAUUUAGUAAGGGGAAAGCGCAUUUUUAAGAGAGAUUCGGCACGGAGAGCCGUCAAGUCGUAAAAAGAUAUUCAAAAUAUUGUUAGACGGAAUGCGUGCGCCUGCCAGUAAAGCAGGAGUUUCAAAACACUUGCUUAUUGGUUAUACAUCAGUUAGCAUUUUCUUACUCCGCGCUUAUACGUAAUCCUUGUCCGAAAGUUUAUUUCUUUUCUUUGAGAGCCGAAAGAAACAAAUCAAAAUGUCCAACCGACAUGGGAAUAAGUCGAAUUAAUGUUACCCUUAAUGAUUUUUCAAUAGCAUCUGAACAGAUCUUUUCCGGACAUUGAAGUUAGGAAAGACAAAACAAACUCGAUGGCCACUUUUGCCCUGACAGAAACUGUCAAACAGAUAAUCCGUUUACGUGAAUCCCGAUAAUAUAAUCACUGUUUAUUGCAUAAGAGUACUGUCCGGCGCAAUUUUUAAAGCGUGGGAUCCCCUCGUAAGAACUGUUUUCUCCGGAGACUGAUAUCGCCUCUCGGAACUCGUAAACUAUAGUAGUAGAUACGGUAAUGGAAGUGCGUAUAGAAAAGCAAGCGUAUACUUGGCCGUCAAAGCUGACAUUCGUCAAGGCCGUGUCCUCUCAACAAACUCAGUUAAGUGUUUGAUGGAUACAGUCCUACCCAAAUAGGACAACUUUCCUUAAUCUCAGAUUUUGAGAAUGUCAAGCGAGUGGGCUUGAGACGAACCUCUCUUGAGGACCGCAAUCCACCCCUUACCGUAAAGUCACCACCCCACAGUCAAAGCGAAAACUACGGCUUAGAAUGGCGAAGUAAUAUGUUUCAGUCUCAUAUAAUAAAAAUUGUUAUCUCUUUUCUGCGUGUUACACGGUGCAAGGUGGUCUACAUGUCUUUGGGCUUUUGUUAGCGUCACACUACGUUUGGGAAUAAAUAAAGAACGAUAUACGGCUAGAAUGCGACCUGUUCUGUCGUUUCUGGAAGGCAUAGGAGAAGGCGUAUUUUUCGACUAUAUCUUGUUGUAUUCAAACGUGCUCUUAUUUGAAUGUGAGUCAUGGUUAUGGUGAGCUGCGUAUUCGAGGAUGAGUGCGCUUCUUUUGACAAUUACACAACUGAACACACUUGAAUGCGCUGACGAUGGUAGUACGAUCGCUUGUAAUACUUCACACAUUAUGGGCAAAAUAUCCCAACAUAUCGGUCAAAUGUCCACCUGCGCCUCUGAUUACUACUUGCUUUCAGUUGUUAAAUUAAGACGUGUUUACCGUCUUAGCCAUAAUACGCAUAGCAUGCGAAACAUUGUCCAACAGUUGGUGAAUAUUAUACCUCAUAAAAUAACUCACGUACACCAGGUUACUUUUCAUGCGAGAUUAUGGACUGGAUUUAAAUAACUGUGUCCCAGGGGAUUAAAUUUAACUUUGAAAAGUGAAGCUACAAAAAAUUUUGAAAAACUGCGAUAAUUGAAGGAAAAUAGACGGAGGAGACUAUUAUCCCCUGAUAUAAGUACGUUCACAGAUCCCGUUAUGGGGCAGGCUCGUCACUUUGUGCCUUGAGGCUUAAUCUAGACCUCUCGCAGGCGGUCGAACAACGACUAAUAUUAUAUGCGAAGUGAAGUACCGGAAACGAUAAGGGAGACUGAAAUGGCCGCUUCGGGCUUAUUAACCGUCAUCGGUCAGCCACACGCAGCCCACGGUUUGCAGCACUCACGAUUCGAAGCCUACUCUUUGGCCGUUAAAUCACACGCUCGAGCAAAUGAAUUAAGAGCUAGUUGACCUGUCGGCUGUGAUCGGGAAUAUUAACUAUUUAUGUACUGUAGGUGGGUUAACUCAUGAAAUCUCAACCGAAAUUUCGAAAAGCGUUCUCGUUUCGAAAAGAUUAAUUUACUAGGAUUGUAAAAUGCAGCAAAAUUCUUUAGUAAUUCAUUUACCACAGGGUGUCGGCUUUUGAAUAAACUUAUUUUCGACUGCAUGCAAGAACUAUACUCUGCAAAAAAUGACUACUUAUGAAGCAUACAAUUUUCCGAUUGAGUUUCGAAGCCCUUGGAAAACAUGCAUAAAGAUAUUCAUACUUUUACUUAUCCGAUAGGAAAUCACGACUACUUUGAUUUGAUACUCGAAAAAAGGGUAUAAUUCGGUUUUAAACAACUUUUCUAAUUCGCGAAUAAUUUUUAACCGGACCUGCUGUUACACUUGCAUUCAGGGUCUCAAAACUACAGGCCGUAUAUUUUUCGUGUACAAAAAACCAGGUAUUUCUCUACUGUAUUAUGGGGAGACCAUAUAGGGUUCAUAAAAGUAAGCAGUGGAUUUGGGCAGUAUUGUUAACUCUACAAGCCACCUUCGUAAAUGCAGACGCAUGACGCUUUAUGAACGGCCAUUCCACGGUAUUAAAAAAUCUCACAAUUUGAAACUCUUUUAGAACCGAAUUAUACCCUCUUUUCGAGCAUAAAAUUGGAAGACGAUGUGGUUUUCUACGGAAAAAGUAAAAGAUGGAUAUUUUUAUGUGUGUUUUCUAUGAAAUUUAAUGGAAUUUUCGAGGUCUUCGUAAACCAAAAUAGAAAAUUGCAUGCUACUUAUGUCGUUAUUUCUAGCAGAGUAUAGCUCUUGCAUGCGGUCGGAAAUAAGUUCGUUCAAAGUUCGGCGCCCGAGGAACCUGGAUCAUUAUAGAAUUAUACUGCAGGCUGAUUAGUGUUACGGCCCUACAUAAUUAAUCUUUUCGAAGCGAAGACGCAUUUCGAAAUUUCGGUUGACAUUUCAUGAGUUAGCCCACCUACGAAUGACUGCCCCCUGCCCUAAUCACGCAUCAACGACCGCGAAUACAGCCGCCCGCAUUCCAACUGAUACACCACCCACCCUCCCCCUCCAGCAUGGUGCGCCGUAAUUGUUCCGCCUCCUCUCCCUUCCCCGCCCCUCACUCAGUGACCUACCAUGACCUCGGGAGCCCACCCCACCACCCCCCCCCUCACACGUCAGUGGUCUGUUCUGUCUUAUCACACUAACUGGUCUACUGUGACAACAUAACUUUCUCCCUCGUUUUCAUUACGUCUGACGACGGGUUGGUGUCACCAGCUCGAAAAUUCACGAGUACAACUCGACUAUUCCGAAGAACCUCUUCUAUUUUUCAUAUAUAUAUAUAUGUUGUUAAGGUGAUACUGACAAAGACAAGGGAGACCGGAAUGGCCAUUUAUGGCUUAUUAGCCGUCAUCAGCCAGUCAUACCCAACCCCAAGUGUGGAUCACUUGAGAUUCGAACCCGGGAUAUUUGGUCAUGGAGUUCAACUCUCUACCAUUGAGCCACGGGCCCGUUGAUAUUCCCGAUCACAACCGACAGGACAACGGGCCCGUGGCUCAAUGGCAGAGCGUUGAACUCCAUGACCAAAUAUCCGGGUUCGAAUCUCAAGUGAUCCACACUUGGGGUUGGGUAUGACUGGCUGAUGACGGCUAAUAAGCCAGAAAUUGCCAUUCCGGUCUCCCUUGUCUUUGUCGGUAUCACCUUAACAACAUUUAUCACUAGUCGCUGUGCGACUGCCUGCGAGGGUUUAAGUAUAAGCUCCAAGGCACAACAGAACGAACAUGUUCUGUAACCUGAUCGGUGAGCGCCCAUCUGUCAUAAUAUAUACCACUUCAGUUAUUCAAUAUAUACAUAUAUAUCGCCCCAGUUAUAUCAUGCACAAUGUAUAUCUCAUUUCGUUUGGUUCAGCUGUUUUAUGACUCACUUCCGCGCAGCACGUGUCUCUAGCCCUCUAGUUACGGGUUUAGUUUCGAGGGUCCAGGCGACGUUAGCAAACUAGCACGUCAAGGCAAAUUCACUUAACUUCCUUUCUGAUGAAAAAUCCGCGGAAUUCCUGGGAUUUGUGCUCUCGGAAUAACGCCACGGAGAGUGACAAUGAAAAAGUCUUGCUCCCUAUGCUGCUUAAUUUCGUCGUUUUAACUCCCACUCUCGUAGAUGCCAGUGAUGAGUGGCUUGCAUCCUUUGGGAGAUGGUAACGAUGAUGAUGAUGAUGAUGAUGAUGAUGAUGAUGGUUAUGAUGGUCGUGCGGGUGCUGUUUUUGUUGUUGUUGUUGUUGCUACUGUUGCUGUCACUGAUGAAGAUGAUGGCGAUGACGAUUAUGUGGAUGGUUUUGGGCAAAUAACCUUACGUGCUCUCAUUGGAGGACAAACUUAUGGCUUUCAAGCCUCUCAGCCCCGAUGGUGGCUAGAAGCUACAAGCAAGAAUUCCUCGGGAUCUGUAACCUUAUCUCGGGUCUCGGGGCCAAGCAUAUUCUGUUCCAUCAUGGAACUAGUUCAAUGA